AUGUCCAUGGGAUUACCAGAAGACAGUCAACAAGGACAACAGUUCUUAUCAAGAGACCAAUAUCGCCAAUCUACCAGUCAACGUUCCCAGAAGGUAGGAGAACACUUGAGAAGUUAGGAUCCCUCAACUAAUUCCAAUCCUCUGGCACCACCUCUUUUUUUUCUCAUAAUAAAUUCCAUCCUUCCCUUCCCUACAAUGUAUCAAUUUUGGUCCAGCUCCAAACAGUUGCCUGUGGGCUGCAGUCAUACUCCCACCCCCAUGUCUUAUCUGUCCAAGCAGUUGAUUCCUUUAUAAUAAGCACAUUGUGUAAUGAGUGAACAUGAAAAGGUUUCAAGCAUCUCACUUGAACCAAUGUUAUCCUUUUUCAAUGUAUGAAUUUUAUCAAAACUGUAUUGAUGUAUUCUGUUACAUUUAUCUUAUGUGUUAUAUACUGUUCUGUCAGUAGGUGGUGAUGUUUUCAAAUUUUACUGUUCACUGUUUUUGUAGUAUCGUCUUGUUUGUCAUCAUAAAAACUACAUGGCAAUCUGCAGACAUGUUUGCUAGGAGAUAAGACAGUACACACUUUAAUUCUGUAGAGCUCCUAAGAAUACUCCAACACUCCAUUGCACAAUGUAUUUGUUUAUUUGUUUCGGGAUCAUUUGUGAGAUACUAGAAAAAGGUGUAGAUGACAUAAAACAAUAAUGUAGAGUGUUCAACAUUACUCAUUAAUUCAUAUAAGGGACAUGAAAGAUGGCAUCUUUUAUGGUGUAUAUUAAACGUAUAUGAACUACUUAUGUAUUACUGGGACAAAGAAAGAGUUCACAAAUGCACUGGGAGAUUAUAAAUAAUAAGAAUACUAUUUGAUUUUUGUAGCAUUUAAAGGGACUCUCUAGAUCCCUAGAGAACUUUAGGUGCUUUAAGCUUGCUGAAAUGAAUUAUAUGUGAAUAGUGUGUCAUCUUUUUUUUUUAUUUUACAAAAAGUGCAGAUUUCAAUAGAAAUUGGCACUUGUAUACAUUAAACUCUCCCUGGCAGUCAGUCAGAAAACCAUUCCUAUUAUUAUCUGGUUUGCUUCGCUCAAUGGAGCUAAAGUCAUGAGGCAGCAUGCCCAGAACACCUACCUUGCUAAGCCUUAAAUAUAUAUAUAUAUAUAUAUAUUAAAACAAACAAACGAGUUGUUUAUGUUCUACCACCUAAACACAAAAGUGUGAGUGCAGCGCUAUAUAAAUUACUACUUUUCUAUGGGGUAGAGUUACAUGUAAUAAAAGAGAAAAAUAUACGGAAUAGUGCAAUACAUUUUAUAAAUAUGCAGUGAUAGUGAAUAAAUCUAUGUAUGGUCACACUCAAAUUUUUAGAGCCUUUUUGGGGAUAUAGGCUCUAAACACUGUAACUGUUAGGGCCCUUUUAGGUGGCUCCCAGACCUUCUUCUAGAUCGAUUCUCCUUUGCAGAUAGAUAUGGAAAUAGAAGAGACAAAAUGAUUUGGGUGCAGAUUGUUUGAACCAGAUAGAUAAAAAUAAUCAAAUAUAGCAAUACAUUUGCUCACCUUUUUAGUAGCCUCUUUCUAUAACUGGCUCCCAACUUUGUGUGUAGUGUCAAAUAUAUGGGUCUAUGUAUGUGUAGGCACAUUUGUAUAUCUCUAGGUACAUGUAUUGGUGCUUGUGUGUGGAUGUAUGUGUAGGUGUGCAUGUACAUAUAUUUGGGCAUUUGGUUAUAUUUAUAUGUAUAUUGUUGUAUAUACGUGUGUAUAUUGUGUAUGUGUACAUAUGUGUGAGUGUUUGUGUAUGUCUGUGUAUGCUGGAUAUAGGCCUACAUGCAUAUCCUGUAACUCUUGGAUAAGAAUUCAUGCAUUCCUAAGAUAAGUAAUUAUUUAGUUUUUACUCUCCCCAUUUAGCACCAUCUUCUGCAUUGUUUGCUUGUUUUCUCUCUCUCUCCCCCCUCACUCUGAUCUUCACACAGGACAUUUACGGCCCUCUGCGAGAAUGGUGUCUAUUUUCUAUUAAACCUGUGUCUUACCUGCACUCAUGUCGCUUUAACCCCUGUAUCAUAACUCGGCUUUGAAUUCUAUGUGUCAUCUUGCUCAGAAAUGCUUUAGACUUGAGAAAGGGAGGUUUUCCUUAAAGCUUGUCAUUAAAAAAUGAUGUUCGUCCAAUAAAAAAGGUAUUGCAAGAUACAAAUUUUAUCUGGUUUUUAUGUAUAUAUUUACAAUAUAAAUAUUGUAUUUGGGCAAUAAAAUGUUCCCUUAAAAUGUAUUUUGCUCAAGAGUGAUACAAAGCCAAUGGAUGACAAAGAAUUAUGGGAAAUGUAGUCUAGCAACAGCUAUAUUCUUUGAAAAGUUAGGCUAUUGUUGGAAACUCAUGUUUUAAAUAACUGAGUCACAUUAUGACAGUGAGAAAAGGUUGACAUGGAUGCUGUUUUAUUAAUUCAAGGUUUUCUGUAUAAUACAAAUAAAUUUGUUAGACUCCACUACGAUUUUACAAUAGUUAUGUUCAGGCAGUCAGUCUUCUCCCAACAUGCAUACGUUAUUUCAUUUGUAAAACCCCACAUGAUAUAUCCUUUCUUAAGUUUUACAUAUAUUUACAUUUUUAGAAUGCCUCCAGAAACCCAUAAUAGCAUAAUGUUCCCAUAAUACAUGAUUCAUUGUAAUGAUCCAUCGUCUCUCUCUCUCCCUCCCUCUCUCUUUCUUUCACCUCUCUGUUUGUACACUGAUCCUUUAAAGCAGGGUAGGCCUUUAUAUAGGCUUCUAUAACCCUUUAAUACUCAGAGCAUUUAGGUGGGUUGACUUGGAAGCCAAAUAAUUACAGUGCUCUGACGGGCAUGCCUCACUUCACACUAGAGAGUGAAGAUGUAUACUUCAGAAUUCCCUAGCCCCUUUUCAGAACCAGAGGACUGGAGACCCUUUGGAAUGUAAAAAAAUAGGAAUUGAGAUAGGGGUACUCGCAAGCCCCCUAUCCAGUUUCCGUAGGGUCCAAUGAACCCCUGUUAUUUAUUUACUUUGAAAAAGAGAAUGGAUUAGCUCUUUUCAUGUGAGGGAGCUGACUGUUUCACUCUAAUUACAUGCUGAGGUCUUACAGACCCCGGUAUGUAUUAGAAUAUUAAUGUACUUUUUUAUUCAGUGCAACAGGGUAGAACUUUGGUACUGAAAUUAUUAAUUUGUUGUGACACUGCAAGCCAAGUGAGGCCUUAUGCUUGGUCUCACAAAGCUUAGCAGUUAGGCAACAAAAAGGGCUUGUUUGAAUCUAAGAAACUUCAACCCUUUAGUGAAUAGCAAAUUACAUUGUGGUUUCUUUAAAAAAGCUUGCAAUCUACUCGAAACCCGAUAGUUAAUAAAAUUUUUGCUUAAACUUUGCUAAAAUUCCAAUUUGACAGUAUCUAUAGAUUCAACAUGAAUGUAUGUGAAAUGCAGGAAAUCAGCAGUAAAGAAGAAUGGAUUACUCCAACUAGUAAACAUAAAUAAGUGUCUAAUAAUUGAAUUUCUGACCAGUACAUACUUCCUCAUAAUUUUUUAUUUUACGUGUUACAUUUCAGGAUGCCAAAGCUGGAAUUUACAUUACUGAUAUCUCAAUGGCAAUGAUAAACAUAAAAAGCACAGACCGCAAAGGUUUUGAAGUCAUUACCCCCUUUAGGAAUUUCUGGUGAGUAAUAAUUGAUUUAUCCAAGAUUUUAUUUAUUUUGUAUUUAAAUAAAGUGCAACUUUUUAAAUAGCCCUCUCAAAAAGUUCAUUUUUUUUCAGUUUCUCUGAUGUACUAGGGCAGUUUAUUAUAGACCAUAAAAUGUAUGUUGUAUAAAAUAUGUUGUCGUGAAAGUUAAAAUUAAAACUAUACUACUCAAAGAGAGUGUGGAUCGGUUUAUUUCCUUCAAACUGCUUCACGUAAAAAUUUAGUGAGUUAAGUGCUUGUAAAUAUAUACAUUUUCUGAUCCCACAUCAGAAAGAACAUCAGGCAUUGUUAAAGAGAUCUGUGAUUUUGUGGUGUAUAGAUUAACUUAACUCUUAGAGUAUACCUUAAAGCUCUGUACAGUAUUAUAAGUAUAACUGUAGAUUACAGAUAAUUUAGUUAACCUAUAGCCUGGUGUAUUUGGUUUCAAACGAAUUGUGAUACAUAAAAAUUUUGGGCAAUUGGUAAUUUGUCCAAAUCCUGCAACUCUGAAAUGCUACAUAGACAAAUCACAAAAACAUAUGAGACAGAUAAUGAACAAGCCAUUCUGUUUGUUUUGUGAUUCCGAUUUCCAUCCUUAGUGUAAAACAAAAGAUGAUUGAUGGAAAAAAAUAUUAUUGAUGGUUAGCUGACAGCCUCUAAAUUAUGAUUUUAUUAAAAGAGCAAAAGUGACCAAUAGAGGUAAACAAAGAAGGAGCGGUAAAAUAUAUAUAUAAUAUAAAUUAAGAUUUUUGCUGCUUCCUUUAUCUCACCUCUGUUGAUUACUUUUUAUCACUUGAUCUGUGACCAGAAUGGUGUCAAAAUUUAUAUUAUCUAAACAUUUUGCAGUAUACCAAUGGGCACAUUUUCUUUUGUCCAAAUCUUUUUUCCCCAAAUAAUUACACGGACAAAAUUCAUCUGAGCCAAAACACCACAUGGACAAAAUCCGAUUUGCCCAAAACGAUUCAAUUGCACUGCUAACCAACAUCUAGAUUAAAUUGUGUAACCUAUCUCAUGCAAACCUCCCCAGACUCACAUCGUCAAACAGCAGUUUGACUUUAAAGGGUAAAUGUGAAAUCACAUAAGCAUACAGUAUUAAAUAAAACCAUUCUAAAAAAAUGUUCUGCACUAGCAGGGAUUCUGAAUGAAAGGUUCAAUAACUUACAACAAAAUCCAAUUUUUACAGCUUUACAGCAGAGUCAGAAAGAAAGAGACAAGAGUGGAUGGAAGCAGUGCAGCAAUCUGUAGUAGAAACUCUAGCUGAUUAUGAAGUAGCAGAAAAGAUCUGGUUCAAUGAAUCGAACAGGAGUUGUGCAGAUUGUAAUGCUCCAAAUCCUGACUGGGCAUCUAUCAACCUAGGGGUUGUCAUUUGUAAGAACUGUGCAGGUAAAUGAAUAAUGUGAUUGUUACCAUACACCGUCCUAAUUUAUUUCACGGCAACAUAGCUCAUUCUUUCUGAUUUACUGCGAAUCUCUUCGGUGGCAACUGUUGACAGGAAUCAUGCGAUAAGUAGCAAGGCCAUUUUUACACUGUUACAACAUGCCAAAACAAAAAAUGAACACCCUGUGAUUUCGAUUCAAGUUAAAAUAGAAAUAGUUGUGCAAUAGAAACAAUUUAAUGUUUCCUAGAAUUGUAUCAUCCGUGCAUAUAUCUUUCACUCAUAACAUACCUCUAUAAAUGUCUGAAAAUAAUUAUUCACACAUAUGAGAUUCAAAAUUGAACACAUAUGAUCAGCCUUAUAAAAAUUGUAUAAGAACAAUUGACUUUGCAGCCUAGGUAAAAAGUCUAUCCAUUGAUUCAUUAUUUCAAUAUAAUUGACAUCUAUCUUUCUACUUUAUUUACCUGUAAAAGAAUACUUGUAGAGAAAAAUCAAUUAAAGGGAUACGAUAGGCACUCAGACUACUUCAGCUCAAUGAAGUGGUCUGGGUGCACUGUUCCAGCACCCUUAACCCUACAAAGCAAAAUAUUGCCAUUUUUAAGAAACUGCAACAAUUACCUUUGUAGGUUAACUCCACCUUUAGUGGCUGUCUACCAGACAGUCACUAGAAGGAUUUCCAGGCUGUUAGGCGAUUUUUGGUCGCCUAAUUGAUACUCAACAACCUCAUGCUAUGCAUGGUGAUGUGCAGCAUCCCCCAAAAUCCUGUAGGAAGCAAAGGCAGGCCUGAGCCAGCACCAAGGGACAUCAAUGCUGGGUCCAGGUGACAGAAGGGCAUUUUAACCACUUUCUGCACCACAGAGGGGGGUGUGGUGAGGGAGGGGGAAGCUAUAGUGCCAGGAAAACAAAUAUCUUUAAGCAUAGUAUUUAUUUGCAACCUGGGAUACAUGAACAUACUGUCAGAUCAAAAAAAAUAAAUUUGCAUGCAGAAUCCUUUUUACUGUAUUGUUUAAUUACUAGGAAGGAUUAAAGAAUUUUUAAAAAUUGGACAGACUAGAUUGGCUGAAUGGUUCUUUCCUGCCGUCACAUUCUAUGUUUCUAUGUUUAUAUUGACAAAAUUACAACAUUCUAAUAUAAGUAUAUAUGUAGGAAGGAAAUAGUGAUACUUUUCCAUUAAAUUAAGAUUAUUUAUUUAAAGGGUGACUUCAUUGUGGAUGAAUGAGUCUGAAUUCACACUAUUAUUAACCAUUUACCACCAAGUUCAGUUUGUUGAACAUACCUUGCUUACAGAUGUUCAAAAACAAACCAAUGGCAUUUUGGGCAAUGUACCUUUCUUUAGAUACCAUCAUAAUUAUGUCUGUAUAUCUGACACUCUAUGAGCACAUUUAUAGAAAUCAUCCAUGUAAUACAACUUGCAAAGAAUCAAUUCAUUAAGUUCGAGUUGUCGAUGUGACGGUCAACUUGUCUCAAUGUUGUCUAUGCAAAAUUAUUCCAGAAAAAGAUUUGGAGAAAUCAAAAAGGCGCAAAAACGCCAAUCAGUAUAUUGCAAAAUAUAAACAUGAUGUAUACAAUUUUCAAUACACUGAUGGGAUAUUUGGUUCUCCAUUUGGUUCACAGAUCAACUGAGAAAAAGUGACCAGUAGCAUAAAAAAGAGUAGGAGGAGUAAAAAAAGUUAUCUGUAUUUAUAAAUUAUAUAUAUAUUUUUACACUGUUCCAGUUUUUUUCCCCAAAUAUUGGUCACUUCUCACUUGUUCUGUGAAUCAAAAAUACAUUUAGUGGCUGUCCUUAACCAAUCAAUCAUCUUAAAGGACCACUAUAGUGCCAGGAAAACAUACUUGUUUUCCUGGCUCUAUAGUGCCCUGAGGGUGCCCCCAGAGGAAAGGCGUUAAACUUACCUUUUUUCCAGCACCGGGCGGGUUGCUCUCCUCCUCCUCUCUGCCUCGAUCCUUCUCUUCGGCUGAAUGCGCAUGCGUGGCAGGAGCUACGCGCGCAUUCAGCCGGUCUCAUACAAUGCUUUCCUAUGGACGCUUGCGUCUUCUCACUGUGAUUUUCACAGUGAGAAGCACGCAAGCACCUCUAGCGGCUGUCAAUGAGACAGCCACUAGAGGAUUUGGAGGCUGGAUUAACCCUAUUAUAAACAUAGCAGUUUCUCUGAAACUGCUAUGUUUAUAGAAAAAAAGGUUAAUCCUAGAGGGACCUGGCACUCAGACCACUUCAUUAAGCUGAAGUGGUUUGGGUGCCUAGAGUGGUCCUUUAAUAGUUAGUAAUUAUCCAAAGUGUGUUAAAUGGUCUCAAUUGCAUUUCUAAAUGCAAUUUAAAUAAACUAAAAUUACACUCAAUAAUAGAACAAUAUAAUGAGCUAUGCAUGGAUCAAGAAUAAAACAGUGAAUCACUUUAAAUGGUAACAGAUGUAUUUGGAUGUCUUCUAUAAAUUAAGCUACGAUGUCCAAUGGAUAUAAAAUCAACAUCUUGUAGUGGUGACCUUAUUGCGUCUUCAGGAUACAAAACUUUCAAGUUGUUCAGUUAACAAACUGGAAGAGAAAAAAAAUUACAUGACUAUUUCUAUAGUUUUACAAUAAAAAAUAUUGCAACUCUCUGCAUUAUAAUUCUACCCUUAAACACACCACCCCUUUUCUUAAAGCUUCUUCCUGAUUGGAAAGUAAAUUGUUAACUAAGCCAAUCCAAGAUCCGUAUGAGCUAAGCUGCUGACUUGACUCCAAACCACAGCUAGAUCACAGUUCUCUUCUUAUCUGUGUAGUAUAUCAAAGUAAUACAGAGAAAAGAGGCCUGUUGUAAGGUGCAGUCAUGUUAGCAACUCUGCUCACAACUAUAUCUCAAUGGUUGAGCUGAUUAUGCACUCAGAGUGUCUGACAUGGAAAUUACUUUUAGAAAAGAUGGGAGCAAAUGGCUAUGUUGCACUGCAAAAGGCUGCAAAACCUAAGGCUAAAGAGAUAUGAUUGUGAAAAAAGAUGCAAAAUCAAUAUAAGGCCAGAACUUAUCACGUGUACUUAAGUUAUUCGAGACUGCCGUGUCCUUUUAAAGCACAAUAGCAGGUGGUAAUAAGAGGCAGAUGACAUAUAGAAGAAUUUAAGAAUUCUGAAUUUAUAGAAUUUGCAACAGUUAGAAAGAAAAAUUAAAAAUCAAAUUAGAAUUAAACAUCCAAAACCAUUAAUAUGAUUCCAAUAAAUUUCCCUUAUAUUUGAACAGGAAUUUUUUUUUUUAAGCUUUGAAAUAUUGUUUAUUUGCUUCUCAAAUGAGAAAAAAAAGAUGAUCUUAAUUUUGUGGUAUGCUUUGGCAGUAUUAUCUAACACAACCAUAGUUUUUUUUUUUUCAAUGGAGAGAUGUAAAUGCCAAAUAAAAAUUGUUUUGGCCAAAGCACUUAGUCCAAAAAUAAUAUAUGUGCCAUGAAUCUAUAUUUAUUUAUGCAGUAUAUAUUUAUUAAAUAUAUAACAUAUAAAUAUAGAUAUUUUACGGUUCCAACUUAUUUGACCUCUAUUGUUUACUUCUCACUUAAUCUGUAGAAAAAAAUGUUAGUGGCUGUGCCCUAGCCAUAAGUCACCUUUUUUCCCCAUCAAUCAUUUUAUUUUUGACACCAUGAGUGGAAUUCCAAACCACAAAUCAAACUAACAUACUUGUCCAUUGAGCAAUUUGUUUGUGAUUCAGCUACAAUUUAGCUUGGCAUUUGGGAAGUUGUACAUUCACCUGGUUGUCCCAAAUUCAGACAAACUGCAGUUCCUUUGCAUUUACAAAUGGUUCAUGAAAGUUUCUCAUGUACUCUCCCCUUUUCUUCCUCUUUCAUGGAACACAUUUCUAACCUUUAUUAUUUCACAGGAGGCAGUGUCUUUAAAAUUAAUUGAUGUACAGAAUUCAAACUAUACUACAGAACGAUUAAAUCUGUUUUUUUACAUUGGCAGAGGUACCUGUAAGGGUCUGUUGGAGAAAAAUAAGAAAAUGUAUUAAAGUUUGAUUGUGAUCGGAGUAUAAAAUAGACAUUGUUAAGUUUUUCGUGAUUUAAUGUCAGUGUUUUCAAUUUAAUGCAGAUUUAAGGCUAAAAGCACAGAAAAAAAGAUAUAAUUUAUAGCACUUACUUUUAAAUUUGGCUUGAGCUACACUGGCAAGGUUUCCUGCUGUGUAUAAUAGAAAAAUGCUACUAAAUUGCCUUUAGUUAAUAUCUAACUUUAAGAUGUAUUAUGUUUUUUUGACAAUUAGCAGCUUGUUAACAGAAUUUGUGCAGUAAUGGUUCUGUUAUUGGCAAUAACUUAUUAGCAAUGUGAAAUAUUUUUCACCCUUUACAAUUUUUUUAACAAUUCUAGAGCACAUAAAUGUGUUUAUUUUCCUGAAACAUUUUUCAAGUUUUAGGGAAUAGCAUGAGCUGAAAUCAAAUCAAUAGUUAUGUAUUACGCCUGUCAUGAAGCUUACAUUUUGACAUUGCUUAAACCUUUAAUGACAAGGGUUUGGCAAAUUCCAUUAUAUCAUGACUUUCCUGGCAAGUUGUCUGUCAUGAAGGGCUUAAGACAUUUGCUUCACACAUAUUUGCCUUCUAUUUAAGAUAAAUGAGAAUACUUUCUUAUUUUGCUAAAGUAUAGCAAGAUUAAAGUAUAGCUUGAAAUAGAUCUGUUGCUGAUAUUCUUCCUAGUCUAAUAUAUUUACCUUACUUUUUACUCUGAAAGUAAGUGGGCCUCAGAGGUUCACACAUGCAGACAUCAGUUCAUGCUGUGGCAAAAGUAAAGAUACACAACUGAUGCAUGAAGCAAUAUCAUGACACAGAAUGUGUUUCUGGUAACACAAGAGUUCAGUGUCGAAGUAGCUUGCUUAGGCAAAGUUGUAUCCUAUAUAUUAACCCCUUCACGAUGCAGAAUGGAAAUUUUUCAUCAUGUGAGUCCUACCUCGAGGAUACUCAAUGAAAAACUUCCGUCAAGUACUAAAAUUUAUGCCAGAUCAGUUUGCAGUUGCAGUUCUUUCUGUGAUACUUUGUGUCCCUGUGUGAAGAAAUUAGUUUUAAAGUAUCCAGAUCCCCUUUAGCCAUAUUCUUAAAAAAAAAAAACAACAACAAAAAAACCUUUGCCUGCCCUUUAAUCACUACUUUAGUGUUAGGAUUGUUAAAUGUGAAAAGUAAAAAAAAGUUUUUCAAAAGUUCAGUGCCAAGAGGCCUAUAGAAUUUAAAUGGCCGACUCAGAGGCAACAGACACUACCACAGAGAGUGAUGCUGGUGACUGCUCUUUGCCGGAUACUGCAGGGCCCUCAGUAGAAAUUAGUGCUUCCCCUGGCACUGCUUAUGGUGCUGAUGACUGUGAACCCCCUAUUGACUUCACACUUGACAUGCCUGAGUUCACUGCCACUCCUGGUAUUUAGGAUGACUUAGCUUAGCAUGCUGGAUUUUAUGCAGCUAUUCUUGGCGGAUGAUAUCUUAGGGGAGUUUUUCACCCGGAUAAACAUUUAUGCACAACAGUAUCUAGCACAAAACCAGAAAUGGGAGCUGGUACCUCUCCAGUGUACCAGAAAUGAAGCAAUUCUGGGCAGUAACUAUGCUAAUAAGCAUAAUUUAAAAGGCCUGCAUUAGGAUUUAUUGGUCCUAAAGCCAAGUAUGUAAUAGCCCCAUUUUUUCCCCAGACCAUGAGCAGGACCAGAUAUGAAGCCAUACUGUGAUUCAUGCACUUCAGUAGCAAUUCAAAGUGGCCCCCAAAUUGUAAUCUUGAAAAUACAAACCUUUUCAAAAUACAUUCCCAAAUUUCACCUAAAAAAUAUUUGCAUUUUUGAGUCCCUUAUAAAAUAUAAGAGAAGACUGGGGUUCAAACAAUACAUCCCAAACAAACGAUCCUGGUAAGAGAUACAAUUGUGCAAACUGUGUGAAAGUAGCAGUGGCUAUGUGUAUACCUUCUGUGCCUGUGAAGGAAAAGAUCCACCAGUUUGCCCAAAUAUAGUUGAGACUAGUGGAUAAAUUGUCUGGGACCUCAUCAACCCCUUUCUAAACAAGGGAUAUCCCCUGCAUAUAGACAAUUAUUACAAUAGUAUCCCAUUACUUAAAAUGGAUCACUGCUACAAAACUGUUUUCUGAGGUAUAAUCUAAAAAAGUCAUACAGAUUUCCCAGAGACCUUAGUAGAAAAAAAGCUUAAAAAGCGGAGAAAGGCUGCUAUCUGCCAGGAUGGACUGCUGAUUCUACAGUACAAAGAUGAAAAUGAGGUGCUCAUCCUAAACUCUCAAAAUUCAACUGUACAAAAUCUCCUAUCUAUGGCACUGAAAAUUCACAAAACAAUGACAAAUGCAUACAUUUGGGGUAUUGUUACUCAGGAGUGUUAGCUGAGCCUGAUUUGGGUGGUUUGAUCAGAGUGGCACAUAUAAAUAUACAAAAGGCCCAGCAGAAAUGUAAUGCAAAUGUAAAAAAUGCAAAAAAUAUUGUGGAGAAGGUUGCUGAGUAAAAUAAGGGUGUAGGUACAUAUCAUUAGAAAAAAGGAAUACAAAGGGAUCAACCAUCUACACUGUAGGAAUUAAUAAGAUGGUCAGAGGAUUUUGGUAUCAAGUCCCAGAUCAAUCCCAUAUACCAGAAUGAGAUGCUACUGAUUGGAGCAUCUCAUCCAGAUGUGAUUUAGAUCUAUCUGCAGCACCAGGCAGACCCACUAAGUAGUGUACCGAAAAACAUUAAAGAUGUGCAACUAUUUUAUUAUUUAUUAUUAUUAUUUUUAUUAUUUUAUAUUAUUGAUAUAUUUACUAUGCAAUAUAUUAAAAACAUAGGUUAAUUGUCUUAACUUACCUAACCCUUUACAGCAUGCAUGUCCAACCCAUAGGCUAGUAAUGCCGGGUUGUCAGGCGGCGAGGGAGUCAGGGAAUCCUUUACAUACUAUGCUCCUCCUGCAAAGCUCCCUUGCGCUCUCCUCAGUGAGCAGGCAACUAGGUGUGUUAGGGACCUGUGCAGGAAGAGCAUAGAGAGAGAUCUCAGCUCAGCAGCCGAUGAUCCACUCCAUCCCUCCCAGAGAAAGGUUGCUGGUUGGACCUCUUAAGUACUAAAUGUGUAUGAAUAUGAUUUUUGUGUAUUAAUGUCAAUGAUUGUGUGUGUAUGUGUGUAUGUAUGUCUGUGUGUAUGUAUGUGAUUGUGUGUAUAGGUCUGGGUAUGUAUGUGGGUCUGUGAUUGUCUGUGUAGGGCUGUCAUCGUAUGUGUGUGUUUGCGUGUGUGUGUGUAUUUGAUUAUGUAUAUGGAUAUAUGUGAUUGUGUGUAUAGGUCUGUGAUUGUAUGUGUGUUUGUGUAUGGGUCUGUAACUGUGUAUAUAUAUCUGUGAUUGUGUGUGUAUGCAUGUGACUGUGUGUAUACAUCUGUGAUUGUAGGUGUGUGUGGGUCUGUGAUUGUGUGUAUAGGUCUGUGAUUGUAUGUGUGUAGGUAUUUGAUUGUGUGUAUGUCUGUGUGUGUACAUAUGUGAUUAUGUGUGUGUAUGUAUGUGAUUGUGUGUAUAGGUCUGUGAUUGUGUAUGUGAAUCUGUGAUUAUAUGUGUAUAUGUGUGAGUGUGUGCAUAUGUACAGGGAGUGCAGAAUUAUUAGGCAAAUGAGUAUUUUGACCACAUCAUCCUCUUUAUGCAUGUUGUCUUACUCCAAGCUGUAUAGGCUCGAAAGCCUACUACCAAUUAAGCAUAUUAGGUGAUGUGCAUCUCUGUAAUGAGAAGGGGUGUGGUCUAAUGACAUCAACACCCUAUAUCAGGUGUGCAUAAUUAUUAGGCAACUUCCUUUCCUUUGGCAAAAUGGGUCAAAAGAAGGACUUGACAGGCUCAGAAAAGUCAAAAAUAGUGAGAUAUCUUGCAGAGGGAUGCAGCACUCUUAAAAUUGCAAAGCUUCUGAAGCGUGAUCAUCGAACAAUCAAGCGUUUCAUUCAAAAUAGUCAACAGGGUCGCAAGAAGCGUGUGGAAAAACCAAGGCGCAAAAUAACUGCCCAUGAACUGAGAAAAGUCAAGCGUGCAGCUGCCACGAUGCCACUUGCCACCAGUUUGGCCAUAUUUCAGAGCUGCAACAUCACUGGAGUGCCCAAAAGCACAAGGUGUGCAAUACUCAGAGACAUGGCCAAGGUAAGAAAGGCUGAAAGACGACCACCACUGAACAAGACACACAAGCUGAAACGUCAAGACUGGGCCAAGAAAUAUCUCAAGACUGAUUUUUCUAAGGUUUUAUGGACUGAUGAAAUGAGAGUGAGUCUUGAUGGGCCAGAUGGAUGGGCCCGUGGCUGGAUUGGUAAAGGGCAGAGAGCUCCAGUCCGACUCAGACGCCAGCAAGGUGGAGGUGGAGUACUGGUUUGGGCUGGUAUCAUCAAAGAUGAGCUUGUGGGGCCUUUUCGGGUUGAGGAUGGAGUCAAGCUCAACUCCCAGUCCUACUGCCAGUUCCUGGAAGACACCUUCUUCAAGCAGUGGUACAGGAAGAAGUCUGCAUCCUUCAAGAAAAACAUGAUUUUCAUGCAGGACAAUGCUCCAUCACACGCGUCCAAGUACUCCACAGCGUGGCUGGCAAGAAAGGGUAUAAAAGAAGAAAAUCUAAUGACAUGGCCUCCUUGUUCACCUGAUCUGAACCCCAUUGAGAACCUGUGGUCCAUCAUCAAAUGUGAGAUUUACAAGGAGGGAAAACAGUACACCUCUCUGAACAGUGUCUGGGAGGCUGUGGUUGCUGCUGCACGCAAUGUUGAUGGUGAACAGAUCAAAACACUGACAGAAUCCAUGGAUGGCAGGCUUUUGAGUGUCCUUGCAAAGAAAGGUGGCUAUAUUGGUCACUGAUUUGUUUUUGUUUUGUUUUUGAAUGUCAGAAAUGUAUAUUUGUGAAUGUUGAGAUGUUAUAUUGGUUUCACUGGUAAUAAUAAAUAAUUGAAAUGGGUAUAUAUUUGUUUUUUGUUAAGUUGCCUAAUAAUUAUGCACAGUAAUAGUCACCUGCACACACAGAUAUCCCCCUAACAUAGCUAAAACUAAAAACAAACUAAAAACUACUUCCAAAAAUAUUCAGCUUUGAUAUUAAUGAGUUUUUUGGGUUCAUUGAGAACAUGGUUGUUGUUCAAUAAUAAAAUUAAUCCUCAAAAAUACAACUUGCCUAAUAAUUCUGCACUCCCUGUAUGUGAUUGUGUUUUAAGUCUGUGAUUGUAUGUGUGUGAGUAUGUGUGUGUAUCUGUGAUUAUUUGUGCAUAUGUAUAUACAUGUGUAUGUGUUUAAUUUGGUAUACUUAAGUAUGACAAUCCCACAUAAGAAUAACAAAUAAGGGAGUUGUCUACUAAACAUUUGAAAUAUCAAAAUUAAGAAAAGGACUUUUAAAGUCGUAUUACUUGUAUACAUUAACUAUAUUAUAUAUUUGAUGUAUGGCCUAAGACAAUUCCCCUUUCAACACGGCCCAUGGAAAGCCAAAAGGUUAGACACCUAUGUUUUACAGAUUGCUGGCAAGUUACAAAAAAGAAUGAGUAGGAAAGUUAAAACCGUUUUUUGCUGACUUGAUUAUUAUAUGAAUUGCUCAAUACCGGAGAAAGAGCUGCACACAGCUACACAAAUACAGCAAUUUUUUCUUGGAAAUGUAUUCAUAUAGUAUACCCAUGUCAUAGAUUUGUACAGCGCUACAGAAUCUGAUAGCGCUAUAUAAAUAAUAAAAUAAUAAUAAUAGAUAUAAAGAAUAUUGUAGGCUAUCUACAGCAUCAUUUUGGAUAGUCCAGAAGAGGUUUACUCUGUCUAUAGUGUGGUGCAAAUAAGCCAUCUGUGAAGCCAUGAUCUAAUUUCAGCUCUUUUUGUCUUUAAUAUAUGCCAGGCUUUUUAAGCUCUUAGUUAACUAUUCCUACUUAUAGCCAGAUGUUAUAUGAAAACAUAUUGACUUGCACAGACAUUCUCAAAGCAGAGUGCUUUUAAACAUAUUAAUAAAAUGGGUUCUAGAAAGUAAAUAGAAUUUUAACUUCACAUAUGGUCAACCCUGACUGAUCCUGAGGAUUAUAAAGAAAGCGAUAUGCAUGCUUAACACUGAUCUUUCAUUGUUUGAGCUUUGAUUAUGGCAUUCAUUUGUGGAGUGUUGGAAAUCUCCAGGUGGUAAAAGCUUCUUGGAAAUUAUGAAGUCUUGUUGUGUAGUGAAGUUAAGAACUUCAUGCUGGCCCAUUGAAAUGUUAAUGAUGGUGCGAAAGAAGAGCUGGCACUUUGGGGAAAUGAGAUGAAGGAACUACAUCUUAUUAGUUAGGUUUACUUACCACGAGAUAAUAAUAAAAGACGAUAAUAGUAAUAAAGCUUUUUUUUUUUUUUUUUUACAUUAGUACAAACUUUCAAUAAGAUUUUACUACUUCACUGCCAACAUUGUGUUUACAUAAAUUUACUUUUUUAUUUUGCGUUGUAAAGAAAAAUAAAGAAAGUUGACCCAUAAAACCUUAUUUGCCUUAUUAACUGUUCAAGAAUUGAUGUUCAGAUUAUAGAUAAUAUUUUUUUUUUUAGUAAAGGUUAAUUCUGUUUGUACGCAAGCAAUGAGACUUGAAAUAGCAGACUCUAUAAACUACUCCCACACUGUAAGCAAGUUUAAAUUGAUUUUUAUGCGUACAUUCUAACAAUCAGUAAUUUAGAAGGGUCAGUAUAAAUAAGCGCAUAACAUGUACAGUGUGUAAGGUGUUAUUACAUCUUGCAACCCCCUAUAUAUUGCAAUACAUUAUUAUAACUCUACUAUGAUUUGUAGGCACUAUGCUGACAUGCAGAGAUUUUAUUUUUAUAUCUUGCAUUUAUUUAACAAAGCUGCAUUGCUAUUAAAUGCCACAGGUCACUUACAAAUAUCUACAAGCAGGAUAUCUGAAAAUGCUAUCUGUUUUAUGCCAUUCUUACUGUUUGUGACAAAAAAAUAUGCCUGUUUCAUGUUUAUAUUUCAAAUCCUGUCUGAAAUAUUGCAAGAAAAUGUAUACUACAUACUCUCUAAAAAUGUCAACAAAUUCUUCUGUAAAGGAUGAACAAAUAAAUUAAAUAUUAAAAUCUAAGAUAUUUAUUUAUUUUUAAGUUUUAAAGGAUUAUGUUUAGGUUUUUUAAGAGAAAUAUGUACCCAAAAUGAUGUUUGACCCCAUGUUUAUAUGAUAGCUAUGCAUCUCAUAUUUCAGAUAAAUGUAUUCAUAAUAAAUAUUUUCAAACAAAACCGUGCUUGGCUGUGAAGGAGUUAAGUGGUCAAUAUCUAAAUGAAACAAGAUAUGAUUAACUUAAGUUGGGCAAGUGGCCACAAAUUGCUAUAAUUGUGGAUGAAAAGGAAUUAUCCCCUAAAUUGCCCUUGGCACUACUCUGUUUAGCCCUUGUGAUAAACUAUUGAUUGUGCAUAAUCAAGAACAUAAUCUAGUCCAAAGCUAAAUGAAAUUGCGCUGCUCAAAUAAAGUCAGGUUUUCUUGAGCCCUACGCAGAACAUACUCUAGCAGAUAGUUAAAAAACUUAAGCAAUUGUAGAAUUCCCCAAGUGAUUCUAUCCACGAUUACAGGGAAACACUUGAGCUAUUCUUGAGAUGCAAACGACUUUACCCUCUUUAACCUGAUUUGUGAUAUAAAGCUUAGUUAAAUCAUUCUACUUUAAAAUUCUAUGUGCUGCAUACAUGCGUUAUGAUAUGUCCAUAUCCAGGAAUGUGUUGGCUUUCUGUUCUGUAUAUAUUAUAUUGAAAAAAAAUGACCAAAAGCCUCCCUCCUCGAGAGGACUUUAUGUGUAUUCGAAAUGUGUUUCUAUUGAGAAAUAGUUAUACAUUGUUAUUAUCCCAGUUAUUGGUAUUCAAUUAUUUCAACAGUAACAAUACCACAAUGUAAAACAUAAAGGUCAUGCUCAUACAACUUAAUGCAAUUGACUCCAGGUGGGAAAAUGUGAGCCUCUUCUCUUUAUAACUCAACAAAAGGUCAUAAUUUCCAGACUGCAGGGUAUAUGGUGUUCAGUUUAUGGAUUGUGUUUAUAAUGAAAUAAACCUAAACACAACUAUAUCAUCUUGACAAUAAACACGCAGUGACAUCUUUCUUAUUCAACUCUUUGUACACCUUUGACUCCAGCAACGUGGCAUAACUCAUUGUUUUUCUAAAAGCUCAUUUUUUUCAUAUACCAUUAAACAAAAGUGCAUUUUUAAACAAUAUAAAUGGUCCUAUAUAUUUAGUGCAGAACUUCCUACCAUGAAAACAAAGAAUUCUAUAGAAAUGCUUGCUCCAAAAAUAUUCUAUUCUAACCUUGUGCUUAAAUAAGUUAGUUGUGCAAUUGAAAGUCUUACAAAAAAAAAAAUAGCCUUGUCUACAUUGUAAAGACUCUUAUUUCAAAUUAAAUGGUUAGUUUAGAGAUAACGCUGUAGAGUUUGUGAUUUCAGGUUUACCCUGGCCCCAUUUGCUGGUAAUAAGGAAAACAGUGGCUGGCUAAUUACAUCCUUAUGAAUCAGCUAGAGGUGGGAGUUAUUUCUCUGGCAGCAAAGGGGUUAAACUCCGUAUGUACAGCGUUUCAAAGAAAAAUCCAGGCACUGUCACCACUUCAAAUCCCUGAAGAAGUCAUGGUGCUUGGAGUAUCUCAAAAGAGUGAAAUAUAAACACACUUAGCAAAAUACAGUUAUUUAAGAAAUCAUGUUUGUUAACUGUGAUGGGUCCCCUGUGCCCCAACUGAGCACUAACACCCGCACAGCUUCUUCCCAUCACCAAACCACAGAUGUCAGCACCUCUCCCCAAAGAACAGCAGACACACACAACUUGAGGGUAGAACAAGAACUAAUUUUUAUUAGACAUACCCAGGUAUUUGUAUACAAGUAAACUCAUUAGUAAACACACAAAGGUUUGUAACAGCAACCAAUCAAACUGGGCCUAAGCAACAGCCAAUCACACUAAGCCCAUUAUUAACCAAUAGGACACACCAUCACAGAACACUUACUUUGCAUACACAGGAAAACAUUAUGCAUUAGGUAAAGGGAUUAACAUACAAUCAAUAAUAGGUGACUCAGCUCCCUUAGUCACAAAGGGGAACAUCCCAACCCCCUCCCAUGUGGUCACAGUCUCUGGUUCAGCGCCAUCUAGUCUCUCCAUGUUGUGGCUAAGUCUAAGUCUGUGUGGUCUAAAUGGCUGCUCCUCACUAGAGCCCACCCAUACAAAGGAGCCCUUGAUGCCCAAGUGACGGCGUACCAGCGUUCUGUCACAUUAACCAUUUCUACAAAUGUUUGAAGCCAUUUAAUAUUCCUAUGUUUCGACUAACUGUUAUGCUAAUAUGAUCUAUAUGAGCAUUACUAGAGUAAUACAUAAACACAUAUUUAUGUAUCAGUAUACUUGUUACUCAUAAAGCCUCACCAAUCAAACUUCUUAUUCUAGAGCUGAAGUCAGAGUGUUAAUAAACACAUUCCUGUGCCAACGUUAAUUCUGUCCCUUCUUCACUACAAAAAAACCUGAAAAAAGUGCACCCUCUUUUCUUCCCUCUCCCACAAAAUAAGCAAGUUUGAAAUAGAAACUUUGUUCUACUUCUAACAUUAAAAGUAUGAGAUAGAAGUAACCUGGUCUUUCCCAGGUUUGUGGAAGUAUAAUAAUCUUCCACAAACCUUGGAAAGGCCAGUGUCUUCUCCUACCCAUCCCCUAUGCUUGUCUAACCUUAUCAAUCCUAUGUUUCUACCAUCUCAUACCACAUUUCUUCUCAUAUUAUGCUGAAAUGUUUCCAUCAUCUCACCUUCAUAUUUUCCCCUAUCUCAUCCCAUGUUUUCUCAAUCAUCUCACUUUUGGUCUCUCUGAGUCCUUCCCAAAUGGCAACUCCAGACCUGCCAAUGGAACUAUGCCUUUGCUCUUGACUGCUGAAUCAGCCUAAUUUAACCCUAAAUUGACAAUCAGCUUGCCUUAUGCUAUUCCUAACCCUUACUCUAGUCGUAAGUAUAAAUUCUGUAACCCUAAGCUAACUCAAGCUGUCAACAUGUUAUCAUACCUAAGGGCUAACACUAACCCAUAGUUAACUUUAACUCUAUCCCUUCAGUUAGCUAACCCUAGCCUUGCACUUAUGGUUAGCUAGUCCCAAUACUGUCCCUAAUGUUAACUAAUCAUAACACCCUAAUGCUAUGUUUAGGGUUAUCUCAUGAUAGAAUGGGGGUGGGAUGGCAGACAUGCAAAGUGAUGCUGGUGUUAUGUUAAUGAUUUGAGAACUGAUAUCACUUUAUCCACCAUAGUGACUGUUUUCACAGUGCUAUUUUCAGUUUAAAAAAAUGAUCAGCAGCUCCACUGUUGCUUUGCAGCCAAUCAGUGCAAUUGUACUGCCUGAGGUGGUGGGGUGGCCUUUAGGAAUUUUUUUCUCUACCUGCAGUGUAUUUCUUAACUCUAUGAGUGCCAGGAGAUCAGUACAAAGGGGAAAAUGGCCACCAUGUAACUCUAAUGUGGAGACUGGAAAAAUAUCCUAUCCAGCUGAGAUUUUUACUCAGUUAGAUGGGUCAUUUUCUUUUGCCACCAAAAUCUCAAAUGUUCCCACUUUUCCAGGGGAAUGUAUGACAAACAUAGGAAGGAGGUAGUGAGACAGACAAUCUCGAAAUGAUUACUUAAUUCUUUUUAUGAACAUCCAUUGCUGCAAAUAGCAUCAGGUUCCUUACUAAUACCCUUAAGCAGGACACUUGACUUUUUUAUAUUCUACUCUUUGUGACAACAUUUUUAUUUUUACUUGUAUGCCAAUCUUUUAGGCCCUAGUUGUAAUUGUGUAAAUGAAUUACAUUUUUAUUUUUUAAGUACCUCUUUGUAGCAAUCUAUAACCAAAAUUGCUUUUGCCUUCUAAACAUAUGUACUAUUAAUACAUCCCAUGGUACAGAUAUCUCCUAUUGUUCAGCUUCAUUUGAGGCAAACUUGUUUAUUAUUUUUUUUUACCAAGCUUUAAUAGCUCCAAAUUAUACAAUUAUAUUUUAGCAUAAUUAUAUAGCAUGAAAAGAUAGUAAUACUUAGUGACAUUUACAAUUAUUGUAAGAUUUUACAUUGUAGUUACGACAUUUAAAUAUAAUAAUAAAACCUUUGACAUAACCAUAUAAUAAUAGUAACAGAAAUGUGAUAUCAUUGUACAUACAUGUUACAAACAUGCACUUAAUCAAAUAACACUGAUACUUGUUUUUUCCUACUUACAUUCCACUUACAUUUAAAAAUGUAUUGAAUGUUUAUGUUUACACUAUCUCUAUGUUUUGUUUUGUUUUAUUUGUAUUUUUUUUUUUUUUUUUUCAUUUUAUCCUCUGUUGGUAAUUUUAAAGAAUUAGACAUGGAAUCGCAAACACUCCAAACAUCUAAAGCACUUUAGAUUGCUGAAGUGCUUUAUGUGUGAAGAGUGUGUCAUCUUUUUUAUUUUACAAAAAGAACAACAUUCUAUAGAAAUUGGCAAGUAAAAUAGAAGAAAUGACUCUGCACUUCCCAUGUAUUCAGAAAUAAAUACACUCUAAUGUAGUUCUCGUUUGAAAGAACAAAGUUAUAAAUCAGUCCUAUUGAAUUUUCCUUGUAUCACUCCUACAUAUUAAAUAAAAGAAAAAAAAAAAGAGGGGGGGGGGGCACAGAAGAGGGUGAUAAUGUUUAAAAUAAGUAACAUUUAUUAAUAUAAAUAAGGUAAAAAAUCAAGUUGGACUCUCACAGUUGAUAAAGAUUUAAUGGAUUAACCUAUCCUGAGGAAGCUCCCAAUGAAGAUCCAACUCUGUACAGUGUUCCGUCAGUCUCUAGGUAAUAUAUAUGUAUAUAUUGAUAUGGCUCGGGCUGUCAUAGUAACACCCAGCCUGUUUUAGCCAUAAAUUCAGUUAAUAUAAUUAAUUUUAUUUUUGGUGGACCCUCUAGGGAUUUUCUCUUUUUUAAAAUGAGGAUCACUAUUUGAUCUCGUAGUGUGAUCUUGCUAUCCUAAUCUUUACUAUUUUUACCACAGACUUAUCACCAGGGUAUUAUAAGUUAAUUACUUCCCCAUUGGGGACGCAUCCGGGACCCAGAGUAGAAUGGCAGCAUAGACCCACAGCUCCAUUCUCACUUGGAAUACAAUAGCUCCUAUACAGCCCACUAUAUCAGUAUUGGAUAAAGUACCUGAACCCUUAAAACACAGAGGGGGCACCCACCGGGUUCACAGUCUGGGACGAUGGAUGAAUAUUUUCACUUCCCAGUGGGACAUAGAGAUGGAGAAAUGAGGGUCAACAUGGCACCUGAAUCAUACAUGCUCCUGGAUACCUUAUGAGAAUCAGUGACCCUGCAGCAGAUUAGUACAGACAUCUGCAUCAGACAUCAGUAGCCACUGUUGCCACCAAAACCUACUUGGUCAUGCUACCGAAAUACCUUCAUGGUACAAUUGGUUCUGAAAAGGCCACUAUCCGGGUGGAAGUAGAAAUCCAUGUUCAGACCUUAGAGACAGCAACCCAGCACCACUCCCUGUAACUCUCCUCAGCAGAAUUAGCAGCAAUGAGACUGGGGGCAAUGCUCCUUGCAGUGAGGUGCCAGGUAGAGGAUCUCGACAACCAUUGCAGGUGGCACAACAUACGUAUCAGAGGAAUGCCAGAAUCUCAAGGUAGGGAAGACAUUGAGGACUUCCUAGCAUCCCUCGUCACACAAUUUUUUGCUGAGGAAGCCCCACAAAGUUAUGAAUAUGAAAGAGCACAUAAAGCCCCAGCCCAUGUCUACUGAGGGACCAACCAGAGACAUUAUAUGCUGCAUGUAUCCAUUCCCAAUUAAGGAAAGGAUCAUGACAAAAGCAUGCUCAUACCUGACCUGGAAAUUCCAAGGUGCAGCAGUCACCCUAUAACAAGAUCUGUCCCCAAUGACAUUAGGGGCCAGGUUGUCCUUAUGUCACCACUGUCUUACAAUAGAGGUGCAUCCAAUAUAAAUAGGGACUCCCCUUCAGCCUUCAGGCUAAAAACAAUAAUCAAUGGAUUCAGCUAAGGUGGCUGAAGGAGGUGUUUCAAUUACUAAGAACUUUGAAUUUACCACACAUCUUCGAAUAGGACAGGGUUCUGGUAACCUGGCACAUGAUGCCCUAGCCGAGAGUAACAGACAGAUGACAUAAAGAGGAUUCUCCUCUGGGACCUCCAGUCUGAUGGUUCAGCGGAGGGGAGUCAGACAGAGGGAAUGUUUACAAUUUAUUCUAUUUUUAAUUUGAAGUGUUUUUAGUUAACGUUCCUAAAACACUCCUUCACUCUAGGACAGGCAAAAAAUAUAUUUAGGGGUGUUCAGCCAUGUUACCCAAAUGUAUCUUUGUGAAUAAAAGAUUACACCUCGGGGGCAGCAGCUGUUGACUCAUGACUCUCUCUGGGUGAGUUUUGCAGACCUCCCCUCCCAUGGUCACAGAGUAACUACUCUGUGUACAUGAGGAAAGGUCUAUUUUAACAAAGUUUGAGGGGGCACUCUUAUCUUCCCUCUACCUCUAAUUUUCUCCUUUCUGACUUACCAUCUUGGCUCCCCUGAUUCUCUCUUGCCCAGUGCAUGCACUCACACAAUCUGGUCUUUUGCUCUACUUCAGGGGGCUGUAUGCCCGGUGUGCGCUCAUACUCUGCACUCCGAACUCUGCACUGAAUGACCCUAACUGGGAUUUUCACUACAUAUGUAAUUACAUACCAGCCAGAUGACCUUCACAUUCUCACACUCAACUGCAAGGGGUUAAAUACGCUAGAAAGGAGACAGACACUCUGAAGUAUCUCAAACACAUAGCUCUAUAGUGCUAUUACAAGGUACUCACUUUAAGGAGGGACCUCCUCCUCUGCGCCACAGCAAAACAUUCCCUACAGGAUAUUUUGGUAAUACUGAGGGGGUGAAGGAGGCCGGUGUGGCCACACUUUUGUCUUGAUUGUGGGUGGAGACUAUAAUGUUUCUCUCAAACCCAGAUAUCACUCCUCCACAUCCUAAAGCAGCAUACCACAAGCAUAUAUUGGAAGGAUUAGUGUAGCUCUUCAGAAGAUGAGACUCAUGGCUUGCUGAAGGGUGCUGAACCCAGAUAGUAAAGAUUACACACAGUUCUCAGCUGUCCAUGCCUGCUACUCACAAAUUAACUAUCUGUUUGUACAUCAAAAGACUGAUCCACUGCUCCACACUACUCGGAUUGGGUCCCCCAUGUGGUCAGACCAUAGCCCAGUACAAGUUCUCCAUGAGUAAACUAGGAGAAUGGGCAAAACUUAAUGAAGCCCUCCUAAAUGAUGUUGUAAUGGUAGAUCAGAAAUCUCAGGCCAUUAAAUCAUACUUUGUGGACAACAAAAAUGUAGAGACAUCCCAGCACACAAUGUGGGAAUCCCACAAAUGUAUUCUAUAGGGUCACCUAAGUAGUAUAACUAAAAAGGUUAUAAAGUGUCAAAAAGGUACAGGAUAGUACCGAAAUUUUGUAUUUUCCUCUGAACAAAUAAAAGACUGCCUGUUAAUGAGAAACCAUUGGUUGUGCCCAGAUGUAUGUAUUUGUUCCAGUUAGAUUUUGUGUGAUAGAAAAAGCUAUCAUCUAGAUAUACGGACAGCUGCUAGCAAGAUACUAGAUGUCUGUGUGUAAGAAAAGGUAUCUCAAUGUGAUAUAGGUAUUGCCUAGUUUAAUCAAAUGAUUUGGGUGCUGCAUAGACAAGACAAGUGCUUGAGAUCAGAUGUGUAAGAGAUAGAGCUGGCCAUCAUCUUGGUUUGGAAUACCCUGUGGGUGUAUUCCCCAAGUGACGUGUACAUUGCCUCUUGCACUCCUCAGGUACUGGUCAAGGGCAGGAGCUGCGAUAUCUGUUAUGGUUUAAUCAAAUUACUUGGGUGCUGCAUAUAAAGACAAGUACUUGUGCAUUGCCUCUUGCACUCCUCAGGUACUGGUCAAGGGCAAGAGCUGAGAUUUCUGUUAUGAUUUAAUCAAAUUAUUUGGGUGCUGCAUAUAAAGACAAGUACUUGAGAUCAGAUGUGUAAAAGAUAGAGUCUACUCCAUUGCGGAUUUCCAUUCUCUAGUGGUGGGAGAAAGUGAUCUGAGAUCACUUCUUCUAUGUGCUGCAAUGCAUAUAUUUAGGAUUGGUUUGCACUAGCAGAUAUCUGAAAUUCCACUAGGACUCUGGUUCUGGCAGCCUUGAGUGCCGGUCUAGAGGUGUCUAUGUACACACAAAUAAAAGUGGCCAACACAUAAGCUUAAGGGUCAAUGGAAACAUACUCAGAUUUAUAGAAUUCAUACAACCCCUUUCCAUGAUGCCAUUGCUGUUGCAUUUCAUUUAUACAACUCCACUUUAUAUAGGCUCUUAUAGGUUGGGAGGCUGGUGCUGAUCCCCUACCACUGACACCCACAAACAGAAUAUUGAAACCUACCUAACAAAAUAUGUCACUCUGGGGUUAUCAGGCAGCAGAGGCUCUUUUCACAGAUAUAGAGCUUUCAGGAGUAGAGUUGAGCGAACCCGAACUGUAAAGUUUGGGUUUGUACCGAACAUUAAGUUUUUUGGGUUUGGGUGUGUGUUCGGCGAUUUAAUGGCGCAUUUUGAAACGCUGCAGGGCAGCCAAUCAACAAGCGUUUGACUCGUGUGCCCUUAGAAGCCAUCACAGCCAUGCCUACUAAAGGCAUGGCUGUGAUUGGCCAGUGCAGCAUGUGACCCAACCUCUAUAUAUAAGCUGGAGUCACGUAGCGCCGCACGUCACAUGAGCUCUUAUUAGAGUAGGGAAAGGAUGCUGCAGCUGUGAGGGACAGAUUAGGAAAGAAUUCUGGUGUUGAAUCUGCAAACUACAGUGAUUAUUUUUGUGGGUGCUAUACUACAUUUUUGUACCCUGCCCUGAGCCCAGUGCCACAGAGAGUGCAGUGCACUUGCAACUGCAUGUGUGCCAGGCACAUUACUUUAAUCCUGUUCUGGUAGCUCAGUGGGCAACAUCUAGGCAUUUUUAAAUACUUCUAUUUUUUUGGUGCUAAAUAGUACAUUUGCAUACUGCAUUUCUUGCAGACCAAUAAAACCCUUAAAUACUACUGUUACAUUGUUUGUUUAAAAAAAUCACACUUUUUUUGUGCUAAAUAGUACAUUUGCGGCCUGCGGUGCACUUCAUAUCUGAGAGUCAAAUAGAACCGACAAAUACUGUGGUUACAGCGCAGUUUUAAAAAUUCACAUUUUUUUGGUGGUGUGCACUUCAGCAACACUGGCUAGUUACCGCUUCUCAAGUAAGUCUAAAGACUUUUUAAAAAAGUGAAAAAUAAGUGUUAUUGUGAUCGCUUCAUAUACAGAAGCAUUAAUAUACAUUUCUAUAUUGUGUAAAGACACAACUACAAAGUUAAAAAACAAACACCAAAACAACGUGCCAGACAAUCUACCUGUGCAUGGCUAGUGUGAUACAAUAAGUCUACAUCUUGGGCGAGACAUCAAACAAUAUUGUAAUUCUUGGGCAAUAUCCUCACAAGUCAAACUGAGAGGUUAGUUUAUAGGGAAAACUGUUGCCUGGAUACAAUUCUAAAACAAUUUCCAUAUGUCCUUUGCAGACUUUACAUGCUGGAAAAACACAGGUGCCAACCGCAGUGGCUUUCUGCAGUGGGCAGACCGGCAAGGAGGGCACAGUUGAGGAGUGGGUGGAAGAUGAUGUGGAGGAUGAUGAGGUCCUAGACCCCACAUGGAAUGAAGGUCAUACGAGUGAUGUGUGCAGUUUGGAGGAAGAGGCGGUGGUAGCACAGAGGCACCAGCACAGCAUAAGAGGGAGCAGGAUGCAAAAGUGGAGCGGCCGUCCACUAGCGCUCGUCAGCAUGUUUUAGCUCUAGAAUUACCACAGCUUUUCCAAGUAACAGAUGGAGCGAUCAAAGGAACCAUAACUGAUUUAAUGAGCCAUUCGCAGUUUCACUGUAGCGGCUGUGCACGCUCUUGGCGUUAUCACCUUGCUGCUGCUCACCUGUCUGCACUGCAGCAUAACUUCGGCCUUCCCGCUCACCGCCUCAUAUGCGACAUGCCCACCUUGCACAUGCUGGAGAGACUGUGCGAGCGCAGCAGGCGGUAGUGGAGUUUCAGCUGCAGCACGCACGGGUGCACCAGACUUGCCCUCCAAUAGAUCCUCGUUAAAGGAUUUAAAGUGUACUCAUUCCAAUUACAGGGCCUUAAAAGAGUUCUGUAUUGUUAUUUAUCGUCACUACCUCCCUGUGUCGGGAGUGGGUAAUUUGCGCGCCUGCUGCCUUCCUUGGAUGUGGUAGCCGUUUCUCAGGCUCCCUCUCCGGAAUGGAACCCCGUUACCCGUGGUCAACAUGGUAGGCGCAGAAAGUAACAUUGAAAGUUAAUAGGGCAGACAUUCGAAUGUGUCGUCGCCAUCAUAGGGACGUGCGAUUGGCCCAAAGUUAUCUAGGGUCACCAAAGUGCCUGCUCAGCAACUGCCGAUUUGCCCACAUUCUAACUUGUGCUGAUUACUGGGUGGCCACCCUGCUGGAUCCCCGUUACAAAGACAACGUGCCGUCCUUAAUUCCCUCACUGGAGCGUGAUCGGAAGAUGCGCGACUACAAGUGCACGCUGGUAGACACGCUGCUGAGGGUAUUCCCAACUGACACCAGGGGCUUAGUGGAAGCACAAAGCGAAGUUAGAGGAGGAGGAAGAGGUCGCCAACGUAGCUGGAGCACUGCCAGCACCUCACAAGGCAGGAUUAGCAUGGUCAAAAUUUGGAAAAGCUUUGUCAGCACGCCACAACAACCAGCACCACCAGCUGAUAUGGAACUACUUAGCAGGAGGCAGCAUUUCAGCAACAUGGUGGAACAGUACGUGUGCACACGCCUACAUGUACUGACUGAUGGGUCUGCCCCAUUCAACUUCUGGGUCUCCAAAUUGGGCACAUGGCCUGAGCUUGCCCUUUAUGCGUUGGAGGUGCUGGCCUGCCUUGCAGCCAGUGUAUUGUCUGAACAUGUGUUUUGCACGGCAGGGGUCGUUAUCACAGAUAACAGCCUGUCCACAGCCAACAAGCUCAUGUUUAUUAAAUUGAACCAGGCAUGGAUCCAACCAGACUUUUCUGUACCUUGUGCAGAAUAGACAUUUAUACUGGCCUCACCCAGCCGUUGUUAUACUCAAGUGCACUUUCUCUUUGUUUUCUUUUUUUAUAUGUCCCAAUACUUUGGGGGCUACCCCAAUUAAAAAAAAAAACUAAAAAAACAAACAAACAAAAAACAGUGUUGGCUACCUCCUCCACCGCCGCUUCCACCUACACCGCCACGGUCACCACCUCCUCAACCUCCUACUCCACAUCCACCUCCUCCUCCUAGAGCAGGGUGCAAAAGCGGAGCGGCCGUCCCCUAGACAGUAUGCCUGCUACUGCCCACCGCACCCAGGGACCGAGCACACCAAAGCCAGCUCCAAGGAGUUCCCUGGCGUAGUAGUUCUUCAUGUGCUGACGACAAGACACGAGUGGUUUGCAUGCUGUGCAAUCAGAGCCUGUAGCGAGGCAUAAACAUUCUAAACCUGAACACAACCUGCAUGACAAGGCAUCUACAUGCAAAGCACGAGCUGCAGUGGAGUAAGCACCUCAAAAACCAAGAAAGGUCUCAGGCUCCUCCUGCUUCCUCUUCUGCUGCUGUCUCAGGCUCUUCCUCCACCUCUGGAGGGACAGUGGCACCUGCCUCCCUGCAAACAGAUGAUGUGGCAGCAACGCCACCACGUCCACCACCGUCUCCAAGCAUUUUCACACUGUCCCAUGUAAGCGUUCAGCUGUCCAUCUCCCAAACCAUGGAGAGAAAGAGGAAGUACCCCCUUACCCACCUGCGAUCCCUGGCCCUGAAUGCCAGCAUUUCAAAAUUGUCCCAAUAUUUUGGGGGCUACCCAAAUUAAAAAAAACAAAAACAAAUAAAAAACAAUGUUGGCUACCUCCUCCUCCUCCACUGCCGCUUCCACCUACACCGCCACGGUCACCGCCUCCUCAGCCUCCUACUCCACAUCCACCUCCUCCUCCUAGUUCAAGAUUAUUAUUAUUAUUUUAAAUUUUUAUGUAUUUUAUGUUAUUUUAAGUGAUUUCCCUAUCCACAUUUGUUUGCAGGGCACUUGUUCUACUCUUACCCACAAUUUACUUCCUUUUGCAGCCCUCUAGCCCUUUCCAUGAGUUUUUCGGAGCCAUUUUAGUGCCCAAAAGUUCGGGUCCUCAUUGGCUUCAAUGGUGUUCGGGUUCGGGGUCAAGUUCAAGCCUGAACUUAAACUUUUUGACGAAAUUCGGACGAACUCGGCGAACCCGAACAUCCAGGUGUCUGCUCAACUCUAUUCAGGAGCACUCAAGGUGUCCAAUACAGGGAGGUGCCUGGGCCCUGGUGUAUUUUUGUGGGAGGUCUUUAUCCAAGAUUGGAUGACUGCUGCCCAUUGAUCUAUUGUGCACUACCUUCUAUUGAAUUAGAGCAGUGAUCGGGCCUGUAAACAAAUUUACAGUAUUUGUGAAUUAUAUUGUAAAGAAAUGUGACCUUGUUUUCCUUUUUUUUUCCUUUUUUAUCCUUCUGCACUAUACUUCUUUGUUAUACAUUUUAAAAUUAACCUUGUUGCACCCCUGUCAAUUAAACCACUGACUCCUAGCACUUCCUCUUUUCUUCCUGGUAGUUUAACUCAAGAGGCAGGCCUUGCAAAGAUUUGUCAUUGAAUUGCAUUGAUAAGUCUGAAUGGCCAGCCACAGAAAGUCUGAGCUGGGGAAGAAGGGAAGGACUUGCAAAGGCUUCAGACAAUAGGUCUAAAGCUUUUGGACAGUGUAUUUACUUAUACACCCAAUGAAAAUGAAUGCAUAAUGAAUUGGGAGUAUAUCUACUGUAUAAUGAUUUUUACAUUUUAUCAACUUUUUUUGUAUUUGGGCAAUGUAGGGUCCCUCUAAUGAGAUAUGGAGAAAAGGCCAACUAUGGUCAAAAGAUGAAUCAUAAGAAUUUUUGAAUACAUUUGUUGUUGUUUCAAUUACUUCUCUAAUUGAUAUUUAAUGAAAUGUUAACUGUUUUUGUGGAUAAACCAAAUGUUUUUUAUAUCGAGAUCAAUUGUCUGACAGGUCAUUCUUGUUUUUAAAUUAAAAAAAUAAUGCUAUGAAGAUGAAUUACAAUAACAUAACGAUAAUAACAUAAGCUCUAUGUUUUCUUCUUUUAAAGGUCAGCAUCGUAUUCUGGGAAGCAAAAUUUCUAAAGUGCACAGUUUGAAGCUAGAUUCCCCUAUCUGGAGCAAUGAACUAGUUGAGGUAUCAUCAAAUCAAUGCAUGUUUUAAUUUACGUAUGAAAUACACAUAAACUCAAGAGGUGAUAAUACCUGUGUUGUGAUAUUCACCUGUUUCUUUAAAAUAUUUGUAUUAUCUAUUGUUAUAAUUUUUUGUAGAUGUGAUUAUCUGUUUAUACUUUAUUAUUCUGCGGUUUAAGAACUGUACACAUGACUUACUUUAUGACACAAGUAAGCAUUGUUUUUUUUUGUUUUUUUUUAAUGUAACUUCAGCUGAACACCAUGCAAUUGUUUAUUAAACAUGGAAGCUUAUGUCAGCAUUUGAUUGUUUAAUGUGCUGGGGAUGUUUAAGCGUGCGUUUUAUAUUGUGUGUGUAUUAUAUUAUUGAUGAAUACGAUGUGGAUACUGCAAUUGAUGUCAUUUUAUAUAGAUGCUCAUUUAUGUGUUUUAUGUGUUAUAUGUAUUGCAUAAGAAAUUGAAGCUACAUUUGAUGAAAAUGCUGAAUGAGUGCUGUGUGCAUCUGUGUGCAUCUGUGUGUGUGUGUCUGUGUGUGUGUGUGUGUGUGUGUGUGUGUGUGCAUGUGUGUGAUAUAACUCUCUAAUCAUCUAGAUCAGGGGUGCACAAAAGUUAGAUCCCCAGUUGUUUUGAAACUACAGCUUCAAUGAUGCUUUGUCGUUCUAAAGACAUUCUAAAGUCAUGCAAAGCGUCAUGGGAGUUGUAGUUUGAAACCAUCUGGGGAGCUACCUUUUAGGCACUCCUGAUCUAGAUAAAAGGACACCUACUAGCAAGAUACUAGAUGUCUGUUUUAAAGAAAAUGUUUCUCCAUGUGAUAUUGGUAUUGCAUGGUAUAAGAUAAUUAUUUGGGUGCUAUACAAACUAGAACUUGAAGUCAGAUACGUAAUAGAUAGAUUUUGCAUGUGAUGAAAUAACUAUAGGUAGUCUAUGUCAGGGUUUACAAUUUCCAUUUGCUCACUAGCAUUUGGAGAGUAAAAAUGUGGCCUGGCAAUUAGAAAUUCACUCCCAGUGAGUGUGCCAUUGACCCCUCAGGUUUACAGUUAAACUUGGCUAGUGGCGUAGGACUUGAAAACGCCCUGGUCUAUUCAUUGGUGUAGAGUGAGUAACAGAAGCAUACAGUUUGGGUUCCAUGCAAAACAUUUACAGCCUUUACAGUUUGUGCAUAUAUGAUGAUGUCAGAUUGCAUUGGUUUGUACAGAUGUAAAGUGAUGUGCGUAUAAUUCCUAUAAAUUAAGCCCAUAGUGGUGUAUUCUAGGUCAGUAUUGUAAAAGGAACAAAGAAAAUGAAGUAUGCCAUCAUUUUGGAAGAGGGACAUGUGGGAAUGGGAUUGUGAUAAUGAGAUUAUAGAGUGAGAAUGCAUAACCAUAAAACAUGCAAUAAUACAGUUUAGAAUACAAAGAAUGCCGUACAUUUGGCACAAUAGUGGGGGCAGUCACUUACAGUUCCACUGCAGUGACACAAAAUGGAGUUCUAUCAGAGAAAAUAUCACUGGUUCAAAGGCAUAAGCAAUUUGGUCUUCAUGGAGUAAAUUUUGGUUUGAAUUGCUUUGCACCAUAACAACCUUGCAUCAUUGUAAAGGGUAUGGUGCAGGCCUUCAUGCAAAGAGCAAAUUGUUACUUACUUACCAUCUGAUAUACAUUUAACUGUGAGUCUGCCUGAUCAAACACAACAGUUUUAUGCUUUAAAGCAGUCUAAAUAAUGUAUUUAACUAAUGGGUGGCCAAUGCUUGUCUGGUGUGUCCCUUAAGUCAUAUUUUGUAUUUGUUUAUUGUCAUAUUUUAUGUUCUCUUACAAACUGCUGUUUACCAUCUAGAACUAUGUUUCUUAUCUUAUGUUAAAGUUUGUAACAAAAAUUAAUGACAAAUAUUUUUCUAUAAUUUUAUGCUAGCUUUUCAUUACUGUGGGAAACGCAAAGGUCAACAGCUACUGGGAGGCGAAUCUUUUGUCUGGAAGCAACAUUAAGAUUCAUGAGGCUUCGAAUAUUAACCAUAGAAGGUUAUAUAUCACACACAAAUACAAAGAAGGAAGAUAUAAAAAAACAUUUUCUCCCAAGCUUUCCCAAGGACAAUUAAAUGAGGUUGGUGCUAAAUGAAAAUAUUUUGUGCUACAGAUCGUCUUGAGUUGAACAGUCACAAAUUGAAUAUGACUUUGUUUAUCUAAAAAUGCAAGAGUACAUUCUAUUCAGAUCAAUACCGUGUGCACUUUGUUUUAGUUGCAGUAGCUUAGCAAUAAUAGAGACGAUAUUCAGCACUAAAAACACUGAAACUGUUACAUAAUAACUAAACUAGAACAAUUUACUUUAAAAAUUGCAAACGAAUAUUACUGUUAAUUUUUUUAACUGUCUAGUCAUCCAUGUUUUCUAUUUUAAAUCAGCAAUAUGGCACGGUUUACAGUACUUAUAGUCAUUUAUUUAUGCUAAAUUUUUUAUUUUGUUGUGUUAGUCUGCUAAAAUUACUGUGCAUUGAUGACAUUUUAUAAAGAAGGCAUAUUUUAUGGCCACAAAUAAAUCAAACUACUGUAUUGGUGGUGCAGCUAAAAAAGUUUGACCUUGUCUUACAUGUUCAGCUCCAAAGUUUAACUCAUUAUCUUCUGAUUACACUCUGACUUACAAGUAUACAGUCAAUAUCAAAUAACAGUGUGCACUCUAGAGUGAGCAUAUUAUUUGUGGUUCUUCUCCUCUGGUACCUGAUUCUCUGUAGAUGACUAUUCUAGAAUUUAAUUUAAAUUAUUAUUUUUUUCCAGGCUCUAUGCAAAUCUGUGGUUACUACUGAUAUUUUAGAAACGAUGAUAUUAGUGUUUAGUGGAGCUGAUACCAUGUGUACAACAGGUGAUACAAUUAACAGCACGCCAUAUCUUUUAGCAAAGGAGGCUGGACAGCGUUUACAAAUGGAGUUCUUACAUCAUAACAGAUUCUCAGGUACAUUUGCUCAAACUGAGUCAAUUAAAUUGUUUAAAAACAAAAAAAAGUAAUAUAAAUAAAAACUUUAAACAAUAUAUGUUAUAUUUCUAAAAUAUGGGUUGAGCUGUUAUUAUAUCUUCAAAAAGUAAAGUAUCUAAUGAUACCCAUGGAUGAAGCACCUGUAGAUGAGGCAAAAUACCUUCUAUGGACACGUGAUCAACCUCUACUUAUAAUUCAGAUAAGGUCUGCAUCUUUCUUUUUCUUAGAUAAUGCACUUUCACAAAAGAAACCUAUCUUAGUUUGUGUUGAUAUUAGUAUACACAAAGCAAUUUAGUAGCACAAAAUAAAGCAGGAAAAGGUGGAAGAUUGGAAAGAGACAGUACAAGUAAUGACUUUUUGGUAAAUUUACCUGAUUUACACAGUCAUUUAAGCACUCAGCAGACACUUUGAUUGAGAACAUUAUAGCACUCUAAAUGAAUCAAUCCAAUCAACAAAUAGGUAUUAAAGGAACACUCUAGCAUUAGGAAUACAUAACUGUAUUCCUAAUGACCCAUCUAAUUUCAGGCCCCCUUCUCGUUUAAAUAAACAAAAAAAUUAAAUAAUCAAAAAAUUUACCUUUUCUCCAGCUGCCGUGGCUUUUUUCCUAGAGUUAUGUCAUCCUGCAGGCAUGCCUCCAUUGGGGAAGUAGGCAAAUGUUCUGUGCCUGCCACGAUACGCAUAGAAUAUAAUAAUUACAUGAAACAAUUCUCUAUGGAAGCCUGUGAUGAUACUGACCAUGCGCACAGUAUGUUAGGGUAUGAAAGCAAAGCAACUCAGUCCUGGCUCUCAAGUCUGAAAGGUUUUGGAGUGUGGCUUGAAGCUAUGUUUCCAAACCUUCUAAUUACUAAAAUAUUUUAAUGAAUAACUUAUUGGCACUUCUCUUAUUUUCAAAGCUGAGGGUUUCUUCAAUAAACAAUGACCUUUUUUUAUUACAAUGUUUAGGUCAUAACAGAGAUUUUCAGAUUAUCUAUAAACAGAAAAGUUUUACAAAUUUAUGCGUGCUUAUGUUAUUGGUUUUGCAUAGUUCCUUAACAAUCUUGCCAGUUUAUUGUUUCAUAUAUCAACUAUUUAAUCCAUAUUUUGACACAUAAGCUGCAUGCAACUGAUUUAUUUAAAGGCACAAACUAUGCACCAUAAUCAUUUCAUCGAAUUAAAGUGGCUAUAGUGCAUGUAGUCCUCUAGCACCCUUCCUCAUGUCAAUGUUUGGAGUUGUGUAUCGAUACCCAGAUGCCUCUAAGUCCCAAGCAAAUGCAGACAAUUACAUUCUGAUUAGCUAUAUCAACUUAUACCAGUGAUGGGCUGCAGUUAUAGGCUAAGAGCACUCAGCUAAUGCUCUCUGUUUAUCACUGCUGCCUAUUCUGGUCUGGCUAAUGCAGUAACUAUAGCCUGAGCAACAGAGAAUGGCCAAGCUGACAGUGCAAAUAUUGAUCAUCAUUCAGUUUCAAAACUGUCCUUUAUUUUCUCGAUUUUCAUGUUCAUUAUUUUUGAAAUCUUAUAUUAUUAAAAGUUGCUAUUUUACCGUGAUUUACACAAAAACACAAGCAAAUUAAAUACAAAUAAAUCACUAAUUUGGAAAGAAAUAUUUCAUGAAUAAAUAUAAUUUUUAGAAAUAUCCAUUAAACUGUACAUACAAGUCUUGCUCCAAUAAAUAUUCACAUAAUUGCUAGAACUUAAAAUGUCUACAUUCAAUAAUUUACUGAACAUUUUAUAAUGCAAUUAUUCAGAUUCAUUUUACAUAAUAAUACACAGUCAGUAUGCUUUUUGCAUAUGAUUUCCCCUAUAUUUAUCAUGUAUUAGUUGCUGUUUAGUGCUUUACAUUUAUAAAUAAUAGACUAACUAAAAUUACUUUAGCCAUUGCUUUGGAGAACACCAGUUUUCUUUAAAGUUCUUUAAAAUCUUGAGAUCUCAGCAACCUAACAUGAUAAGAAUAUUUGGAAUCAGUUUUUUUUUCUUACAAUUUUACAUUAUUUGUUCAAUAUUUUAAUAUUUAGCAUGUUUAUUAUUAUUAUUAUUAUUACUAUUAUUAUUAUUAUUUUUAAUUUUAGAUUACAAACUUUCAGAUCUCCCAAACUCUGGAACCCUUCGUAAUUUGUUUUAUUGUGGAUUUUUACAUAAAGUUUCUUCAACUUCUAAGAUACCCAACAACAGGAAACUCCAAGAAGGUAUUCUAAUAAUUAUAAUUCUAAAAUCGUGUGACAAUGAAUAUAAUGUACCGGUUACAACACUAUUAGGACCAGCAUGCUGAACGUAAGUUAUGUCUGACUAAGGUAGAUACAGAAAGAUAUAGAAGCAUAUUACUGAAUCUUGGAAUGGUCAGGCUUAGCAUGAACCAGAAUAGAAGACAAUAAGCCAAGGUUAGGGAGACACAGAGAAAUGUAAUUGAAUAGACACGCCAAAGUAGUCUCUUUUAAGUGGGCUAUUUUUAAGUAGUAGUUCAAAAACAGAAAAGGAGAACUAAAAUCAAUGGGGUUAAAAAAAAUUGCCUGGAAAUUACAGACCUGUGAAUUUAACUUCUGUGACUGGGAAAGAUUACUAAAGUCUAUUAAGGGAAUAUUUUCAGGAUUUCAUUGGGUAGAACAUUAUUAGAAAAAAAAUCUGCAUUGUUUUAUGAAACAUGGGUCAUGUUAAACUAACCUAAUUGCAUUCUACAAAGAUGUAAGUAGAAGAAUAAAUCAGUGUUGCAAUGGAUGUGAUCUACUUACAUUUUGCCAAGGCAUUCAAUAUGGUCCCAUACAAUAGGUUAGUGUUCAAACUCAUUCAAUGAAAAUUCUUGUUCUUGGGUAGAACAUUGGCUUAGAGAUUUUUUGAUAGAGUACAGCGACUUGUAAUUAAUGGCAAAUUUUCAAACUGAACAAAAAUGGCAAGUGGUAUCCCUCAGGGUUCUCUUCUAAGACCGCUUCCAUUCAAAAUAUUUAUAAAUGAUCUUGAAAUAGGCAAUGGAAGUCAUGUUUCAGUGUUUGUAGAAGACAUAAAACUCUGUAAAGUAAUACAAUGUGAGCAGGAUAUUACUUUGCUGCAGAGGGAUUUAGAUAGAUUGGGGGACUGGGAACUCAAACGGCAGGUAAAAUCUAAUGCAGAUAAAAGCAAAGUUAUGCACUUUGGGGCAAAGAACAUACACGCAAACUUACAACCUAAAUGGUAGUGAAUUUGGGAUACCAGCACACGAGAAGGAUUUGGAAAUUGUUAUAGACAAUAAACCAGGCAACAAUAUAUAUAUAUAUAUAUAUAUAUAUAUAUAUAUAUAUAUAUAUCAAGAUACAACUCAGUUGAGCUAAUCAGUGGCACAAUUUAACAUUCUGAACAGAACAAAAAAAAUAAAAUUUUGCUGAAGUGGUUUGGAAGAACUGACAUUUUUGCCCUAUACAAGUAUAAAAUAACUUUUUACUGAUAAAAAUUACUGGUGGAAGUGCCUGUUUACAUUGUUUUCUUUUUAAUUGGUUUACAUACAGUUCCUUGCAAAAGUAUUCACCCACCUUGGCAUUGUUCGUGUUUUGUUGCCUCACAACCCACAACUUUGAAGAUUUUUUUUUAUUAUUGUGAAGCAAACAACAAAUAGGACAAAAUAACAGAAAAAGCCAAUGUGCAUAACUAUUCACCCCCCUAAAGUCAAUACUUUGCAGAGCUGCCUUUUGCAGCAAUCACAGCUCCAAGUCACUUUUGAUAAGUAUAUGAGCUUGCCACAUCUUACCACUGGGAUUUUUGCCCAUUCCUCCUUGCAAAACUGCUCCAGCUCCUUCAAGUUGGAUGUACUUGUGAACAGCAAUCUUUAAGUCUGACCACAGAUUUCCUAUUGGACUGAGGUCUGAGCUUUGACUAGGCCAUUCCAACACAUUUAGAUGUUUCCCCUUAAACCACUCAAGUGUUGCUUAAGUAGUGUGUUUGGGGUCAUUGUCCUGCUGGAAGGUGAACCCCCGUCCUAGCCUCAAAUCACGCACAGAGUGGUACAGGUUUUGCUCAAGAAUAUCCCUGUAUUUAGCACCAUCCAUCUUUCCCUCAACUCUGACCAGUUUCCCAGUCCCGGCUGCUGAAAAAUAUCCCCACAGCAUGAUGCUGCCACCACCAUGUUUCACUGUGGGGAUGGUGUUCUUUGAUGGCUGAAAAGUUAAAUUCUAGUCUCAUCAGACCAGAGCACCUUCCUCCAUGCAUUUUCAAAACUCAAAACGUGCCAUUUUGUUUUUUGCUUAAAGUAAUGGCUUUCACUCUGCCAUAAAGCUGAACUCUAUGGAGCGUACGGCUUAUUGUUGUCCUAGGUACAGAUACUCCAUUCUCUGCUGUGGAACUCUGUAGCUCCUCCAGAGCUACCUUAGGUCUCUGUGCUGCCUCUCUGAUUAAUGCCCUCCUUGCCCGGUCCGUGAGUUUUGGUGGGCGGCCGUCUCUUGGCAGGUUUGCUGUUGUGCCGUGUUCUUUCCAUUUGGUUAUGAUAGAUUUGAUGGUGCUCCUGGGGAUAAUCAAAGAUUUGGAUAUUUUUAUAUAACCUAACCCUUGUACUAACACUUGUAAUUCUCACCAACAUUGUCCCUUACUUGUUUGGAGAGUUCCUUGGUCUUCAUGGCAGUGUUUGGUUAGUGGUGCCUCUUGCUUCGGUGUUGCAGCCUCCGGGGCCUUUCAAAAAAGGUGUGUAUAUGUAAUGACAGAUCAUGUGACACUUAGAUUGCACACAGGUGGACAUCAUUUCACUAAUUAUGUGACUUCUGGAAGUAUUUGGUUGCACCAGAGCUUUUUAUGGGCGUCAUAACAAAGGGGGUGAAUACAUACGCACAUGCCAAUUUUCUGUUCUAUUUCUAAACAAUAGUUUUAUGUAUAUAUUUUUCUAAUUUCACUUCACCAACUUAGACUAUUGUGUUCUGAUCCAUCACAUAAAAUUCAGAUGAAUAAAACAUUGAACUUAAUGCUGUAAUGUAACAAAAUAGGUAAAAAGUCAAGGGGGGGGGAUGCUUUUGCAAGGCACUGUACCUUACUAAAUACGGAAUUCUUAACAUUUUAUAGAUUCUUUUUUUCCACUUAUUUGUUCAUCAUGUCUAGAAAUUUGUGGAGUUUUAAAGUAUUUCAGACUGUAUAGUGUGUUGUACAUGUUAUGUGUCAAACAAAUGGUCAAAUAUCUCAUUUUUUCUAUUGUUGUUAAGUGUAGUUACAUGGCGACAAUUUAGGAGAUGCAGAUUCCAAAACAAAAAAAUCUUAUUUGGGUAUAUAUACAUAUAUACUCUAGUCCUCACCAACUACAAUGUAACACUGUAGCGUUUUAAUGAGUAUGAGCCAUUUUGGCUCUAGUCCUGUUUAGAAUGGGGAAAGUUAUAUAUGUUGCAAUCCUCCUACAUAGCGCUAGAAGGACUGAAUAGAGUUUGAUAGAGAAUAUAAUUUAUCUACAAUAGGGAGAUGAGGGUAUGGUAACUCUUUGUUUCUUUCCAUUAAAUUUAAAGUUCAAGCUAAGUGAGGCAAGUUUUUACUGCCUUGUGUGUUUUGUUAAUAUGUCAUUAUCUAUAAUAACAACCAGUUAUCUUAUAUCUAUGUAUCUCUUGACAUUCUUAUUAUCUGUUUAACCUGCUUUGUAUUGAAGUCAGGUUUAUUAUGUUUUGUUUGCAGUUGCCACUUGUUGGAUUUUGUUUUAUUUAUUUACUUAUGUAUAUUGUAUAGGUGACUCACAAUUCAUUAGAAUGUUCUAGAAAUUGAUCUUAGUAAAUAUAUAUCCCCAAGCUCAAGGCCUGAACGCUUGUGUAAAAUUUACACAAGUGACACAAAUAAUUACAUAAGAUAAUAGGAAGUUAAUUGACUUCAAUUUUUUUUAUAUUUUACACAAACCAAAUUGAUUUAUGUUUUUUUUUCUUUUUUUCUUUUAAAACUGCAUGUGUAUUUUUAUUCUAGAUAUGAAGAAAUGGUGGUGUACCAUUGAGGAUAAUUUCCUGUGUUAUCAUGAAAAUGAGGAUACUUCUGAGCCAGAUGGUGUUAUUGACUUAAGUGAUGUAGUAUGUUUGGUUGUUCAUCCAUCAGAUCCCUCCUUGAAUUCAGGGUAGGCUAUCGUAAACAUUAGUAUACCGUAAUACAGUUUAUUUAGUCAUUGUGACAUCUUAUUGCUAUAUAUGUUAUGUCAACCUUAAACAUGUUAUACACAUCUUGACUGUGUUUUAUUUUAUGUAAUGCAGUUCUAAAUGUCCUACUAAACAGUUUAUUUAAGUUAUGCCAUUCCAAUGAGGACUGUAUAAGGCAAUUUGCAUGUUCCUGCCAAAGGUGAAGUAAUAGCUAAUGAGGUGGCUUUGGAUUGGCCUUGAUUGUGACUUGAGAUAAGGUUAUUUAGUCACCCUUUAACCUUAAGUCUACCACAUCUAAGUCUACCACAUCUAUUCUCUCUUCAGUCCUUUUCAACUAUUACAGUUGUAAUACUCCUGUUUCAAAACUAAUAAGAUUUCUUCUGCAGAUGAUAACUUGCUAGUAUAUACCUCUUUAAGAAAAUGAAUCAGCUGUGAUUGGUAUUACAAAAUGAAUAUUUAAUGGUAUACAAAGGAAACAAGGUAAUACCUAUAUGUAGGUAGUCCAGUCAAUCAAUAGGUUGUAGACAAAGGUAAUGGAUGUAUAAGGACAACUGUUUUAGCUGUUUAGCUGUUUUAGCUUUUGUCAAUUUCCCUGUAAUUUCCCUGAUAUGACUAUGGUUACGUAGGCAAAGACAGAUAGUACUGUUAGAACGAAUAAAAGUGACCGAAACAAAGAGACAAUAGAAUUGUUUUAUACUUUACUUAUAACAUUUGUAGUGAGGUGGUGGCAUCUCCACAGUCAGCAAGACAGGAAGGAAGCUCUACAGCUUUGGUGCUCAAUUUCAUUUACAAAUGUAAUGUAUUUCCAAUCUCCGCUAAUAUACCUAUUAUAUAAAAUGUGAAAACAGGCACGAUUACAUUUGUAUACAGUACAUAGAAUAAUUAAUAGAUGAUGAUAUUUAAUUGAUAGGAGGCAUUUGCAGUUCUAUUUUCAGCACAUCAUUAGUUGCCAUCCUUUGUUCUUGCUGAGUUCCAUUAGAUAUGCUAGAAUAUCGCAGGUAGGUUUUUUCAGACUUAAAAGUGUAGCUCACCGUGUGAGUUAAAGACUUGCUCUAGGACUGCUGUGGUAGUUAUUGUGUUUGUUGUACUAGUUUUGGUACCAGCAUGAUCCUGAAACCAUCGCCUAGUUUUGGGUCAAAACUAUUUACAAGCUGUUUGGCCGAAAUGAAAAUAAAUCUAACUAAAGAUGGAGACCAACAAGUAUGGUAGGGGAAAUCACUACACUGGUUCUCUUUUGUCUCCUUUCACAGGUCUCUUCCAUUUCUAAAUGACAUUUUUACUUCACAGCGUCCUUGUUCACUGCAGGUGGCUGAAAUGUGAUAUAAUCACCCUCUCCAUUGUUUAUACAACCUCAUGCUGCAAAAUUGCCAUUUAGCAAUAAAGGAAACCUGUGCAGUGAGCUUGAAGGGUAAUCUUUCUGACAGGGUGGAGCCAGAACAGCUGGAUAGACAGUAGGGGUACCAUGAUUAAAGGGAUCAUACCAGUAGAGACAGUGCAUAGUUUGGGUUCCUGUCUCUAAAUAAUGAACUUGCCUAAUUAUGAUGGGCAUUAGCAUUUGGGGAGUGCUGUUACAGAACAGAUCUAAAUAAGAAGAACAUCAAUGAAAUAUAUUUGUGACAAAUAGAUAAGAAACAGGGCAGGAAAGGACAGGCAGGUAUGUAGUGGAAAACUUACCUUAUGUCUGGUUGAAUAAUUUCCUCUGAUUGCAGAUUGCAUUUAAGACAUAGCUGUGUACAUAUACAGCUAAAGAAACAAGUUCCUAAGCAAAGGGGGCAAGCAUAUGGUGCAGAAAUAAAAAAAAACAUGUAUUUAUUUUUUUACAAAAACAAUUCUCAUUUAAGAUUGCAAAAAAAUAUUAAUCAGGCCGAAAGCAAUCAAAUUCAUUAAAGUUGUGUUCGUACCCACAAUGUCCUUUUAUUUGUUCUGACAAAAAUAAGAAUGGAGCAAUAUUUUAUAAUAAUAUUUUAUAUAAUUUAAGAAUGACUUCUACACGGGACAAGAGAAUUGAAAAGUAAUGAGAAUGAUGUGCUUAAUGCUAUGUUUAUUUAUGAAAAAAAAAAAAUUAUAUUCAGCAGCGUAACUGGAGCAGCACCUGGACUAUGUGCUAUUAACAUACAUUCAAAGGAACAGAAUACAUUAAUUUCUUUAUUUUUAUGAUGAAUUGCUAAUACUGCACAAAACCUUAGUUGAUAUGCAUAUUUAUAGAUGCACUGAUCUUUAUUAGGCUGUGGUUAAACAAAAGAUUUAAAAAAGGAUAUAUUUGUAAUCUGUUUUAGUAUAUAGUGCAGCAGUUUAAGAUAUUUUAGCAAAACAUAUUUUUAUCUAGUUGUAAGUACUUAAAAAGCUUAUAAAAUCGUUAAAAAUCAUUCUUAUACUUAAAUAUAAAUUCCUUCCUAAAAAAAUAAAAAAAAUCACAAAAAGUGAGAAUUCAAAGUGAAUUAAAGUGAAAAUAGCCCAACUGGAAAAAUCUCUGAAACCAGCUAUGCUGUCAGUUCAUAUACUGUGGCCUUAAAUAUGAAAUUCACUUUGAAUUCUCACUUUAGUAAAUAUUCAUGAUAGUCAAAAUAUAUGAACAUAUUAAUCAGAAUAAAGUACUAAAAGAAAAUAGCAUUCACAAAAUGAAAGUGGUUUUAAGGAUCACUCGUGACUAUCGGGAUUUGAGAGGACGUGGAUUGAUCCACACUAUCCUGGCACAUCUGUAUUUUGUGUUUUGUUUUUUUUUGAGGAAGGAAUAUAUAUAGAAGUGUUCUAUAAGGAGUCUAAUUAGGUUAUUCACUAACAUUCGAAUGGCCCUAUGCCUAAUGGGGCAAAACCAUAUUAGGAAAUAUGGAGGCCAGUCUGGAUUGUGUAAAUCAGGCACCUACCUUGACCUGAAUGUCUGUUGUACCGAUCGCUGCUGGCAGCUAAAAUCUGGCCUGAAUUAAUUAAAUCCAGCCCCGCAAGGUUUCAACUUUGGGCCUAGUGUUAAAGUGGUUGCUAGCCAGUCAUCAAAUAAAAAAUCAAAAUAAAAUAAAGCAUUAAAAAUCUUAUUGGGGGUCAAUAAACCCAGUCCUACACUAACAAUUUACCUUGCUUCCUUCAACUUCAAGCAAAACAUCUCUAAUGGGACAGAAAAGGAGUAUUUUUCUAAACCCCUACAUACUUAUUAACAAUGAAUAGUAGUGGUAGUAGUAGUGUACAGGUAACUUUUUUCUUUAGAAAAAUAACCCUCUCUUUCUAAUUAGAGAUAUCUUUGCCUGAAGCUGAAGGAAGAAAGGUAAUUUAUUAGUGUAGGAACUCUUUUCUUUGGGUUUUAUUGUAUGUAUUGGGGCUGAUGUAUGCUAUGGUCAUUGCUGCUGACCAGGAGUAUUGGUAGUCUGAGCGCAGGAUUUAUUUUUGUGUAUAUCAGAAUAACAUGGAUUGCAGGAUAAAACUUAACAGGAAAGGUUAAAGUAACUUAAAGGACCACUAUAGGCACCCAGACCACUUCAGCUUAAUGAAGUGGCUUGGGUGCCAAGUCCAGCUAGGUUUAACCAUUUUUUCUAUAAACAUAGCAGUUUCAGAGAAACUGCUAUGUUUAUAUUAGGGUUAAUCCAGCCUCUAGUGGCUGUCUCAUUGACAGCCGCUAAAGGCGCUUCUGCGCUUCUCACUGUGAUUUUCAGGGUGAGAAGACGCCAGCGUCCAUAGGAAAGCAUUGUGAAUGCUUUCCUAUGGACUGGCUGAAUGCGCACGCAGCUCUUGCCGCGCAUGCACAUUCAGCCAAGGAGGAGGAGAGGAGACGGAGAGGAGGAGGAGAGUCCCCCGCCCGGAGCUGGAGAAAGAGGUAAGUUUAACCCCUUCCACCCCCUAGACCCCGGCAGGAGGGGGACCCUGAGGGUGGGGGCACCCUCAGGGCACUAUAGUGCCAGGAAAACGAGUAUGUUUUCCUGGCACUAUAGUGGUCCUUUAACAUGUAUAGCUUGGAGGAAAGACGAGACAGGGGGAUAUGAUAGAAACAUUUAAAUACAUAAAGGGAAUCAAUACAGUAAAGGAGGAGACUAUAUUUAAAAGAAGGAGAACUACCACAACAAGAGGACAUAGUCUUAAAUUAGAGGGGAAAAGGUUUAAAAAUAAUAUCAGGAAGUAUUACUUUACUGAGAGGGUAGUGGAUGCAUGGAAUAACCUUCCAGCUGAAGUGGUAGAGGUUAACACAGUAAGGGAGUUUAAGCAUGCGUGGGAUAGGCAUAAGGCUAUCCUAGACUUAAGAUAAGGCCAGGGACUAAUUAAAAGUAUUUUGAAAUAUUGGGCAGACUAGAUGGGCCGAAUCCAUAGCUGGCAAUAAGAUUAAGAACCCAGUUACCGAGUUUUAAUAAAGAUAUCCCUUACCUGUUUAGUUCAACUGAGAGUGGAAAAUGUAUGUGUUGGUCAUGUAUGAAUAUUAAAUAUAUUAACGAACUAUAGCAUAUCCUGUAGCCCAUGGAUCAGCGCAGCUAAGAGGAAUAGGCCUUGACAGAGCCAGGAGGUAGGCAUAGCAGCCACAGGAAGUUAGUGACAGCUAGCAUGCUGGGUAGGGCGGAGCCAUAAGGGGAGUAUUUAUACCGGCCAUUAUAUGAAGUGGCCAUUUUAACUGAACCUAAGCUUACCUGUUAGUUGUCCCUCCCACCCUCCCUGUAUUUGCUUAGGUUAAUUGAUUUCCCGUUUUUUUCACAGGAGGGUAGAUGGAGGAGAAAGUGGGCAUCCUGAGGUUUAGUGUGGAUUGGGCAGUGUUGCACGUGGUUGGUAGGUUCGAGCCUGUUGGUGGCUCCGAACCUGGGGGUGUGGUGGUGUCUUGGUACACCCUACACUGGAACUGGUGGGUAGCUGUGUCUUGGUACACCCCUACAAUGGAUAUGGUGGGUAGCGGUGUCUUAGUACACCCCUACAAUCGAUAUGGUGGGUAGCGGUGUCUCGGUACACCCCUACAAUUUAACCUGGUGGACAUGUGGUCAUAUUGGGCGGCCAGUUUCUGUAUUAACAUGUUAUUUAGAUUAUCUAUUGUUAUUAUUGUGGGGUCAUUGCUAGGGGUAUGUUAUGUAUAUGGGGGGAUGUUAAGAUAUGUUGGCAAUGACCCCAUUUGUUAUUCCUUAAUUUUUAUUAAUAUUUUAAUAAAGCUGUGGACUAAUUAUUUCCAACAGUAUAAUCUGUGUCUGUGUUUUAAUGGGGGUUGCCGGUAUUGCCGGUAAAUUCGACUGUGCGCCUUUCAUGGCAUUUAUUUGUAUUGAAUAAGUUAGUUCAACAAGUAAUAGAUAACUUACUCUUCAUAUAAAAAAAAAACCUAUAAGUUCACACUCAGGACUAACUCUUUGUCAUGCUGCAUGCCUUCAUUCUAAAGAACUAGUUCACAGGAAUUUUUAGACAUAAAAUGGCUCCAUGUAUUAAUAUUUCAUUAUUAUUCAAUAAACAUGCAUAAAUUAUUUAUGUGUUCAAUAUUAUUGAAGGCUUUUUCUAAAAUAAUGUAAUGAUACUCUGAUUCAAAUCAUUUUCUACAUACAAAAUCUGAGAAUUAAAGCUGAGUCUGUGAGUGCCACAAAUAGGAUAUGAAAAGUGUGAUUAAUAAAAUGUUAAAUUCUAACUAAUGCACACAUGAAAACUAGGUUUUUAUUAGUAAUUGCAAAGUCAUUAAAACCUUCGGUUUCCUUAUCAGUGACAAGCCAUUUUAUUUGUAUGUAGUGAAACAGUAAUACAAUACCAAAUAAAAAAGAUAAACUGACUUUGCUUUCAAAGAUUCAGUUCCACAUUUCACUAAUAACAUUUAAGUGCUAUUUCAAUGUGACUAACACUUUCCCUUUAACUAUUAUCACUUUGUUACUUGUAUUGUUAAUUUUUACAGUAAAAUGUCUUUAAGUUUGCGUAAUCUAUUGUCUUAGGAGACACAGCCCCAUAUAGCAUUUUAAACACACAUUUUAUAUUGUAUCCUUAAAUAUUUUAAUUUGUAGGUGUUAAUAAACUUAUAUUAAAUUUUAAUAACAAUUUACAUUAAUAACACUGUAAUGUAAGGAAAUGUUUGCACAGAAGCAAUAAAGGAACAUGGUGCAUUUUUUUUAACUAUUAUAUAAUAUAUAUUGUACAAUUUUAAUAUAUUACAAUAUUAUUUUAAGGAGAAUAUGACCAUAUAAUGUGCAAAAAUCUGCCAAUUUUAGAUAUUCUACUCCUAAUUUCUUAAUAUGUAUUAUGCACAGUAUCAAUGGAUUUCCUAUAUAUUUAACAGUGACACCCUGCUACGAUUUAUAGUAUACUUUGAAUAAUAAUAGGGCACCUGAGUAGGAUGCUAAAUUACUGAAUCUAGUUCAAGGGAAACUACAGUGUCAGGAAAACAAAGUUGUUUUCUGGGCACUAUAGUUCUCUCCAAUGCCCCCUCCCUCGCAGCCACCUUUGUGGUGCAAAAGGGGUCACUUACCUGAUUGCAGCGCUGAAGUCCCUCGCUGCUGGUUCAGGAUCUGCCUCUAACGACGCCAGCCGGUGAGGGAAUCUAAUGCGAAUGUGCGACGAGCACUGCAAUCGCAUUAGGACUUAUCCAUAGGAAAGCAUUAUUAAAACAUUCGUAUGGGAUUUCGGGUGACACUAGAUAUCCUAAUGCAUAGUGUGAGGACGUUCAGCAACUCUUAAAUGACCAAAAGUCACCAAACGACCCAGAAGUCCCUUUAGUGUUCCUUGAAAGAGGCAAUCUAAUCAACAUAAUCACUACAGACUGUUGUACAGACGUUUCUCAAGUUAUUUGACAAAAAACAUGUUUGUCAGACUCCACACUACUGUUGCUUGCUUGUUGUAUAUUGUUAGUGUGGAAUUUACAAUUCUACAGUAGUAAUAUCAGUUUCAUCCAGUCUUGGACAACAGUGAUAGGCUGGGGAUUUCACUGCAUGUGCAGAAUGUAUGUUGUCAAUUCUGAAGUAUAAUCGACAGAUUAUAAAAGUGGAAUCAAAGAGAGAAUGUUCCCCCACAGCCCAAGGGAGGAGAGGGGGAACACACUCUGCUGGCUUUAAUUGAAUAAAUAGGGAAUAAUGCAAAAAGAAAAAACUGCAACCUGUUAAAAUAUGCUUAGAUCCCAGGAAACUAGAAGGAGGGUAACCUGCUCAUGGCUACAAAGUCUCCCAUAAUAUCCACAACAGAACUACUUUAUUGAUUUACAACAUAAAAAGGGGUAUAUCAGGAGACAGUGCCAGGGCAGGACCCUAAAAUGCCAGCAAGUGUCAGCCCAGCUAUUUAAAGCGUAAGGUGAAUCCACUUCAGAGCAAAAGGAAUAGUCAGUAGGGGCUAAAGAUAUGCCUUCAAAAAACAGACUGAAUGGCUCUUGGGUCUUUCACCUAAGCGGUGCCCUGAGCUAAUACUAAAAACAAGAUGGUCUGGGAGGUUCUAAUACUGUCCCUUACUGAGCCAAAACUGAAUUUUGGCUCAGGGACUCAGGGGACUCAGUUUUGGCUCAGUAAGGGACAGUCUUAGAACACCCAUGAAGGUGUUUUUUAGGAGCAUUAGGGAUACUAUAUUAGCAUGGACACUGCCAGACUUAUGAUUCAGAGAAGCUAGAGAUAGCCACUCCUAAAAGUUUAGUAUGUCCUUUAAUAUAUUGUCUGGUCCAACUCCAUGUAUAUCAUAUAGACGCACUCGGGGACCUACUGCGCAGGUGUGGCAAUUGCCCUGCUCUAGCAGUUGGAUGCAUCUUAGAGAAGUCUCAAAUCCAAUGCAUUCACAUGAUUCAGUGUCAUAAUGCUGCAAUAAUUGAAAGUCUUCCACGAGUAAGUCCCUCUUGUGGCUUAGGGUCGGAUAGCCACUAGAUGUGUGUUUCAUUGAAACAGCAAUGUUUUACAUUGCAACAAAAGUUUAGGGUCUCAAUAUGAUAGGGUCUAUGUAACAAAACGACUUCGUUAAGAUGAAGUGGUUUGGUACAUUUAAUAAUGUUGAUGGUUCAAGAAUAAUGUAAAAUGUUCCUUUUAGUACUAAAUCACAUGGUGGCUAAUUGAUCAUUUGGAAUUAUAAUGCUGAACCUGAUUUCCCUUAUAGUUACGGACCACAUAAUAGCAAGUAGAACUGCAUACUCAUAUCAACAUCAGACACCCUGGUAUGAGAAAGUGAUGAAAGCGAUACUUAUGUAUGCAAAGUGAAAAUAUUCAUUGAGUUUUAAAAAUGUGAAAUUAAACAGAAAAUUCUUAUUUAUGCUUAUUUUCAAAACUGAAAUUGUGUGAGUUCAUUUCCAGUCUAUUCAAUUAUAGUUUAAUUUUUUUUAAAAAAAUUGUGACACAUGCAAAAUAAUUUGAAAAAAAAAGAUCUUGUUAAAACUACCUCCAUAAAUUUGCACGUCUCUUCCAUAUUUUAAUGUGUAUUCUGUUUUAUUUUAAUAAAAUAUGAUGUUAAAAUGCACCAUUGAUAAUGCACCUGUAGCUAUGAAGAAGGGUCACAUAAAAAUUUAGGCAUGCACCAGAAGUAUAUCUGACAUGAGAUGGCUGGGACAACUUCAUACUAGGAAAACUACCUAUGCCAUAACCAAUUUUUUAUAAAAAUCUCUCUGUUCUUCCUCCUCCUCCAACUCUUCUAUGCUUCCACAAUUUCCAUAUAGUUUCAGUAUGUUCUACCUAACACUGUGCGCAAUAUUAGAUGUCAUUCUUCUGUUAUUUGCCAACUUUUAUUAUAUAUAGUGUUUGAACAGAUACUUCUAAAGUAUGAUGCUUCUAAUUUAUCUAUCAGAAAUCCUCAAUAUGAACUUUGAAGAAACAAAUAUGCAGAUUUGAUUAGAGGCACUGGUAAAUCUAAUAAAAACAAACAGCUGAUUAGAGACAUGAGAGCUAAUACAUGAGUGGUGAAGGAAACAAGAGGGUUUGACCCAUAGAGGAUAACUGGAAGACUUAAAGGGACACUAUAGUCACCAGAACAACUACAGCAUAUUGUAUUUGUCCUGGUGAGUAUGAUCAUUCCCUUUAGACUUUUUUGCAGUUACCACUGCAGAGAAAAUGCAGUGUUUACAUUCCAUUCUAGGGAUACCCCCACUGGCCACUCCUCAUAUGGCUGCUAGAGGUGCUUCCUGGGGCAAUGAUGCACAGUGUGCUGCACUGCCAUUCAGUGUCUCCACCCUGUGCAUGAAGACACUGCACUUUCCUCAUAGAUAUGCAUUGAUUCAAUGCAUCUCUAAGAGGAGAUGCUGAUUGACCAGAGCUGCGUUUGGCUUGUGUUGGCUUUGCCCCCUUAUCUGCCUCCUUGACAAGCUCAGCCAAACCAAUGCUUUCCUAUGUAUAAGCAUUGUGAUUGGCUUUUGAUCACCACUUCUGAUGAUGUCAGCCGAGCAGGAAAAUCAGGGGCAGAGCUAGCAGUAGCAGCAGACUGGAAUAAAAUUAAAUGUUAUAUAGUUAGAGCAGUGCAAGGGUUGGUCAAGGGGACUAAAUGGUGGUUUUAACACUAUAACAACAUGAAUACAUGUUUUUGUUCAUGCCCUAUACUGUUCCUUUAAGGGACUCUUAUAUAUACUUGGAGGGAUAAAAAACCAAGUGCCUGAGGGAAUUAACAGUCUGCAGGAGACACUUUUAGGUGAAAGGUAGGUGCUUUACAGUUUGGGGUACAAAAUCUUAAUACAGUGGGAUCAAGGGUUAUACAGCAGGUAUCGAGUUUUUAAAUGUAGGUUCAAUCAAAGAUUUUGUGCUGCACUGUGAUUUAUAGAAUCAAUUAGGAUUGGACUUAUGGGUUAGUGUUGGACUGGUUUUAUGAGUUUAGACAAUAUAUGCCGUAUGUGCCAUAAAAUGUAUCCUUGGGCUGAAGCUCCUGGUCUUUUUGCCACCUAACAAUGCUCUGGUUACUGGAUCUUGCUUAUUUUGGUGCUCCCAUAUUGUAAUAAAGGAACACCCCAAGAAUGAUAACUUUUACAACUCUACUGUACCGGUUAUGGUGCUAAGAAUGCUCUGGCGCCACCUCCAGAUUAAGUAAUCAAGCCAAUUAAGAAGAGUUUGACAACUUGCUUGGAACCUGCUGUGGCCUUAAAGUAGCUUCCAGUUAGCUCCAUUAAGCUAAUAUGUGCCAUGAAGGGCUAUGCUUAUGAGGGCAGCACUGCAUUACUGGGCUUAGCUCAGUGGCAAGAACAUCUGGCAGGAGUGCAGUUGAAGGCAGGCAUCCAGCACAAAACCUAUCUUAAAUUGAUUGUCUACUUAAUCUGGCACUCCUGAUCACAUGACCCCUACAAUGGACUUUUGUACAUACACUUUUCUCAUUGGCUCUUAUGUAUGUGCAAAGCAUUACAUUUGGAGAUACACAAAUAUAUGUGCAUAUACAUGCAUCACUGUAAAAUGACCAUUUUAGUGACAGUAUUACAUUUUGUCAUUCCAUGAUCACGAGGAUUGAAGGAACAACUCCAGUACUAGGACAGAGAUUUUAAUCUUUAAUGCCCAACAUCGUGUUAUGCUUUCCAUUUAAACAUUUUUGCUACUCCUACACUGUACUGUAUGGUUGCUAGAAUAUAAACAAUUGAAAAUGGUCAUAAAUUAGCUUUGAGCUCAACUCAAAAUGAAAAAAGUGCUAUGUAUUUUGUCAUUUAAAGGAACUGCUACAACUCCACUUAACCUCUUAACAAUUGCCACUAAUUCUGCUCAAAAUGACAAAAUCUCUAAUAGAGACUGUUAUUUAUACACCAUGUUAAUAGGUUCUACAACCAUUUCCAGCAAUGCUCAGAUACAAGGAAAAACAUAUUGCAUCUAGCAUGAACCCAAGCUUAAAAGGGCAGCAAUCAGAAUAAUUUUCUGUUAAUGGAUGCAAUAGCACACUUCUGUUUGCUACUGAACAAUAAUUAGUUUUACCUAAAUGUAUUGCUUUUAGUGUGAUCAAUGGGACAUAUUAGAGGUUGUGCAUUUAGCUCCUAUUAUUUGGCUGACAGACUUUUUUAAAGCAUAAGUAAGUGUAUUUUAUAUUAAAAGUAAUAGCUAAUAUAGUAGAUGCAAACUUGUUUACAGUUUUCCAAGGGGGGAGGUCAUCUGUGAAGAAAAAAAAACUCUUGUAGUAUAUAUACUACUAAAUACAAAAUUAAACAUAUAAAUUGGGUACAGUAAUCUGAAUGACAAUACUUGCUACACAUGUUUUACUAUCUUCCCUUUCACGUUCCAUUUCUUUUAUAUUUUGCAUUUUCAAAAUGAUGUGCUUGAUAACUCGCUAACGUUGUUAUCUUCAUUUGUCUAUUUUUUUCUAUACUUAAAAAUUUAUCUCUUUAAUCAUUAUUAAAUUUUUAUUCUUCGACUGUACUUUUCAUAUGAGCCCAAGUGAUUGAACACAUAUUUCUUAGCUAGAACUUAAAAAUACAUACUGCCAUCAUCAUUAUGUUGAAGAUAACAUUUUGCAUUUGUUUAAAUAAUUUAAAAGGUAAUAUAUCACUAUAUCAUAGUUUAUAGAAAUAAUUCUAUUCUAAUAUUUAAAACCUACAGUGUUUUAAUAUGGCUUUAGGAAAUGAGCUGUAAAUCCAUAAAAUAUUGUACAAGAUGAAAUUGCUAGUAGAACGAAGCAUUCUGAAGUUAAAUAGUCAAAGCGAUGAUUGAUUAUUUGCAAAAAUGCAAUUUAAUGAUAUUAAAUACACGUUUUGCUGUAUUAUUUUUGAAAAUUAUAAGAGAACAAUUUGUGUCACAUCAAAGACAUCCUGUAAAAACUAGAGCAUUGCACUAAAAAUAAAACACAUCUAAGGGUUUCAAUAUACCCUAUAUUUUCUAUAUUUGAUAUAAGAAUUGAAUGAGUAUUCUAGGAGGGCAUGGAGCUGCCAAUGCUUUAGAUGAGAAUUAAGCCUUUAGUUAUGUUAGAUUAUAAAAUCUAAAUACAACUAUAUUUGUUUCUUUCUUUGCUGUAGGGCUUUCUUCACUUUCGAGAUUUAUUUAUUGUCAGAACGUAUGUUUCUUUUUGGAACUGAAAAUACAGAAUCUCAGAAAGAAUGGACGAAGGCAAUAGUAAAGGUAAUACUGAUAUUUAUCUGA